AGUCUAAUACAGCAGGUUGGUGACAGAAGGUGCCGGGGCUGAAGGUCGUGGCUGUUUCAAGCAAGGAUUUUCCCAGUCCAGGCCUCAGAACUUCACUGUAAGCUCCCUAAAUCACUGUAAAGACGGGGCAGAAUUUGCGACUGCGCUGAACUGGAUACCCUCUUGGUAAAACUGUCAGGCUAAGAGAGUAAACCAAUCGUACAACAAUAGGUGAGUAGAACAACAACAAAUGGAAGAAAGGUAAAGAAUUAUUUGUUCUGUGGGGGAAAAGAAUCAUGGGGCGGAGGAUGGAAAGAAGGAUAUAAAUCUGGAAACCCUGGAAGAACAUUUGGUGAUGUAAAUGGGGCCACUGCAUCUGAUCGGGCACAGAAAGCCACUGGGAGUUAUUCAAGCUGUGGGAAUGUCAGAUAAGCAGAGGGGGCACAUCACUGGCAAAAUUAUAGUAACUGGGUCACCAUGACAAGUAAGUAGAAGAUCCAGUAUUCACAAACUGGCCAGGAUAACACAGCUCACCAGUUCAUAGGAAGGAGGGACAAACAUUCCUAAAGAAACAUUCCAAGAAACAAUUUGCCACAUUAUUGUAAUUUUGAAGAGACAACAGGAUGACAAGCAGUGACUGUUCUUGGUGCUUUUCAGCACAUCUCUUUUUCAAAAGAAACAAUUGUCCUUUUUGUUACGGAAAUUAUCUUUCCCAUUAGGGAGCUACAGUAUUGUUAGCCCAGCAACAAAAACCCAUUGAUCUUCAAUUGCCUAGGAUCCUGUAUAAUACUUAAUGCAAAUGCAAAAAUGAGACGUUCCAUCUUUUAAAAAAAUAUUCAGGGAUUACUUGGGUUAAAAUAAAUCAAAAAUGGUUUUGUUUUGGUUUUUUGGGAUCAAAUAGGCAGUACUUUCAAUAUCUCAAAGCAGGAGGCUGAUUUAGUAUAAAAACAGAAUUUUGAGAACAUGGUUUUGAACCUGAGGCCAAAGCAGUCAGUUGAAUCCAGAUUAAUUUUUGAUAUAUGGGAGGAAAUAGGCAUACCUUCAGAUUUGCCCCAAAUGUUAGCACCUACCCUUGCUAUUAAAGUCGAUUUUAUAGGUACAGAAGGCCAUGUAUGUUAACAAUAACAUGUUAACUGACAGAACAGACAAUGACAAAGAUAUUUUGAGAACAUAGUGUUCUGACAGCUCUAUGAAUAAUAGGGAUUUUUCAGUCCACGCCCAUUAACAUUGUUAAAUAACCCAAAGCCAGGCAUGAAGAAAGCCACACCUUUGAAAAGCAUUUGUCUGAAAGCAAAGCAAUUUAAAUUUUUUAAAAGGUCAUUAUUACUCAGAUUGAAAUUUUAAAACUGCACCUGCUUGGACAAGAUCAGUUGCCAGCAUCCUCUUAACUGUACCAUUCAUAAAUCAAGAUCAAUUGAUCAAGGGCCACAUAAAAAGGGUGCCCUUCCUUUGGGAUCUUGCCUAAAUUUUAAGCUCAAAUUCUUUCCUCACAAAUGCUUUUAAGUGGCUUGUCUGGACAGAGUUAAACCAUCCUGGAAACAUUUUAAUUUCUCAUACCUUAUUAUAUUUUGUAUAUACAUUUUAUUCUGUUGGGAUGACGUGUAUUUUUUUUUUUUAAAAAUCCAAAUAAUGAGAUAAAAGGCCCACUACUAUGCUGCUGCUUCCUUCUCCCUGCCCACCUGCCAUGUGCCAUCUCACCACCCAUUUCCUUCUCCCUGGCACAUCUCUCUGUUGCUGUGAAUAAUCAAUACAUUUAAAGCACAUGACUUCCCCCACAUGACCGUCAUUUGUUAAGGGUGCUGGGAGAUGAGGAGUAAACUACAAUUCCCUGGAUUCAUUGAGGGAAGCCGUGUAUGGUGUGUACAGUCCCCCCUUCCAUCCCCUUCUCACUCAUCUCCUUUUCUCUCACCUUCCCCUGUCCUCCUCUCACCCCACUGUCUUCUGCCUGACCCCUUUCCUAAGCAAUGUGCUAUUUGCAGCAAGGUUUCAUUGCGGCAGAUGAAAUGCAAUAUCAGAGAGAUGACACAGAUCAUAACACGAUGUAGUCUAAAGUCUUGUCACAUUAACUCAGGCAUAGGCAAACUCGGCUCUCCAGAUGUGUUGGGACUACAACUCCCAUCAUCCCUAGCUAAAAGAACCAGUGGUCAGGGAUGAUGGGAAUUGUAGUCCCAAAACAUCUGGAGAGCCGAGUUUGCCAAUGCCUGCAUUAACUGAUCAUGUUUCACAGAGGGCAGCCUGCAUUCCCCCUUCCCAAUUCAUAAAUUUAAGGUGCUGCUUAUUACCUAAAUGACUUGGGACCACAGUACCUAAAGGACUGCUUCCUCUGGCAUGGGUCAGCCUGCCUUAAAAGAUCAUCUGAGGGGGCUGUUUUGUGUGUGCUACUGCCCUCCAGGGAGAAUCAGUGGUGGCUACAACAGGGAGGGACUUUUCCAUUAAUUGGAACUAGUAGUUAGAACUCUCUGCUAUGGAAGGUCAGCGUGGGGCAGCCCGCAUUCAAGCUGGUGUUCCGUCAUUGCUUGGAAUUUUUUUCUUUUUCAGCAAGCUUUUGCUGCUUACAUAUUUAUUUUAGUCUGGCUCUCUGUUGAUUGUUAUGUUACAUGCAACCCCAAUCUCCAUGAGUAGUGCGCGAUUUCCGUAAAGUGGUGCAAGAUUCUAAGAAAGACACACCUGUUCCAGAUGCACAUAAGAAAUAAGUUAGUAAAGGCAUUCAGAACAAAUCAUCAAAGCAGAUCAGAACACAAUGACACUUUUUAACUCAACACAGCCCAGCAACAGUCUUUCCCUUUCUAGCAAUUUCCAGUUCAUCAAGAAUUAAUCAGGCUUCCUUCUACCUUCUUGGUGCGUACUCCAGCCAGAUCUGCAUUUCAAAAGCAGCUUUCAAACGCACCAACAGCAAUUCUAAAAAACCUUUAAACCGACAAAAACCAUAAAGCACAGUGUUUCAAAAUCCAUUGCUAAGCCUUGCAGGAAGAAUCCCUGCAGCAAAAGUAAACAGUCUCAGAAAUCAGACCCAAACCUCUGCUUCUCCUCCACCAGGCAGCUGACUGCAUAGCCCUUUGUCCUGGGGCUUCCGUGUUUUCAUAGAGUUCUCAGUUCAAGUGAAUCAAACAGCUACACAGAAUUCCUUGUUGUGGAAUCUUUACAAAGUUCAAGCAAAUGACACAGCUACUUCUGGGCUCCAAUCACGGGUUCAGUUUCUCCGGAGCCUGUCUAUUUCUCUUUGGCCUUCCCUUAGGUUGUGGGUUAGAAACUCUAAACUCACACCCCAGUCCCAAAACAGUUCCUGUAGCACAAUUCCAGGACCAGAUAUCUUAUCUGUCACAGUCGGCGUUUGGCGCCAGGAUCUGGGGAGAGAGGUUGGGGCACUCUCAGGCAUAGUGCACCCCCCAAUAGCAGUUCACCCUCAAAAGUUCAGCACCAGAGGAGGACUUGCAGACCUUCUCUUCUCGCCUCUUGACUUGAUGUCCGCUGCUCCACCCUCUGACAUGGCUCAGUUUUGCCACCUUCCUCUGAGGCAAAGCGGAGAUUGUGGCGUCUUUAUGAUAAAUGGUUUAUUUUCACAUAUAUACAACCUGAGCCUGCGAUGGAGGGCUCACAGCAUUAACACUCAAGAGGGUUCUGUUUCUCCCAUUUCUGCAGCAGCCUUGAAUUCAAAAAGAAAUACACCAUAACUCUCUGUCCCCCACCCUCUAGCUUGCUGCGUUUUACAGACUGCAGUACCACCUUUUCUUCCAGUCAACUGCAAUCCUAAACUUUGCUUUGUCUCUGCUAACUAUCUCAGAGCUGAGGGAGUGACCCUCCCUCUGUCAGGGACAGAGUUCCUCUUCACAUCUUUCUUAAUAGCUCAUCACCUUGCUUUUGUUAAGUUAAUGACCAGUACUUAGCAGCCAUUAUCAGGCUGGCCUGGCUAUUCCAGCCAUUUAAUCCCCGCUGGAUCCAGGGAUUCAGGGGGCUUGAUUAAAUUAUAGCACUUACUAAAUCCAGGAAUUAUGGGGAAUGUGGCAUCUUCAAACCCUGGCACCUACAACUCAUAAAAUAUUGUAUUGGGCAUCUUCAACUGGACCUGGAAAGUAGGGCAUAAAUUGUGUUACAAAAUAAUAUAAAUAAAACAUACUGCAGCUAUCAUUUGAAAAGCCAAAUAUGACACUAGCAUUAAAAAAUGUGGCUAUCACAACAACAAAAGCUAAAACAAGAACCUCAUAUUUCCCCCAUAUAGUUCCUUGUGUUUUGUAAUCAAAAUAGCACACCAUUAAGAUGACUCAGGGAUGGUAGUUCUUUGAAAAUCUCCUCCUAUUACGCUGCUGUGCCCUUUGUCACAAUAACAAUAUGACUAUUCAUGAGGAUAGCUCAGGGUACUUCUAGCUUUGCAGUGUUACUGAUAGGAAGGUUUGAAAUAUAAUGUGUGUCUCUCUCUCAAAAUGAUCAUAACCCUUUUCUGGCAAAAAAGAAGAAGAGGAGACCAUAAGCCAAAUGCAAUAUAUAAAUAAUCAGUUUGUCUGAUCACAGUAUAGAAAGGACCUGUGUCAGACCGGAGCUUCUCUGUUGUCAAUGCAUCUUCCUGCAAAGGGGUGUUGUGGAGAUAAUGAGAUUGAUGUCCAGGGGGGAUUUCUGAAAGGCGGCUCUUUGUCCUACAUCUUACGCAAGUCAAUCAAAAAAUCAUGAAAGCUCAAGAACUUUUGGGCUUGUCUAAAAACAACUUUUGGGUUUUCCUUAAAAGAGUGCAUCAAUUCUGUGGGUUCCCUUGAAAAGGCACAACAACUUCUGGGGUGUCCUGGUUUUUACUCUUUGAAAAUUAGCAACCCUAGGGUAUGGUCGUCAUCAGCACUUAUGUAGCACAUUUGAAAUUUCACAGUGCUUCACAUGCAUUGUCGCAGCAGUCUUUACAACCACCCUGCAAAGUAGGCCAACACAAUAUCCCCAUGGUGCAAAUGGGCUAAAAAUGAGAAGAAUAAGCAGUUUGUAAACUAAUAAGAGAGGGGCACGGAUGGCGCUGUGGGUUAAACCACAGAGCCUAGGACUUGCCGAUCAGAAGGUCGGCGGUUCGAAUCCCCGUGAUGGGGUGAGCUCCCGUUGCUCGGUCCCUGCUCCUGCCAACCUAGCAGUUCGAAAGCAUGUCAAGUGCAAGUAGAUAAAUAGGUACCACUCCAGCGGGAAGGUAAACGGUGUUUCCGUGCACUGCUCUGGUUCACCAGAAGUGGCUUAGUCAUGCUGGCCACAUGACCCGGAAGCUGUACGCCGGCUCCCUCGGCCAAUAAAGCGAGAUGAGCGCCGCAACCCCAGAGUCGGUCACGACUGGACCUAAUGGUCAGGGGUCCCUUUACCUUUUACUACACUAAUAAUAUACUACAGAAAGUACUAUUGCCUAUUGCCGUUGAAACCUUUUACAAGCACACAUUAAGGAUCCUGUGCUGCUCUGCAGAACAAGGAGCAUAAAGAGAGACAAAACAGGAGAGAAGGAAUGCAUAUGCCAUUCCCCAAAGGCAACUGAGGCAGAAAGAGAGAUUAAGACACUUGCUGUUGCUCCCAAAGGGUGCCAAACUGGAAAAAUAUCCACAAUUUACAGGCCAGUGUCUUAAUCACUGAGUCUUGAUUCCUCUCUCCCUCCCUUUCUUAUUAUAGAAGAAAGUACAGAAGAAAAAUAGAAACUGAGGGUGUUUCUCAGAGGAACUGCCAUGUUCUAAAAAUAGGCUGAGACAGCUCCUAGAAAUACGCCGAAGAAAUGACAGUAAAAAAGAAAGAAAUGAGAGGCUCACUUGCGAACCUCUUGCCAUUUGGGUGUCGGACUGGCAGUACAAAUUCUGACCUUGGGAAAUAACUCAGCAUGACAUUCAGUGGGUUGAUGCUAUCAAAUUUGAUGCAGUCUAGCAUCUCUACAGUGUGAUCUUUCCACCAUACUGAGCACCAGUUACUAAGACAAUUCUCUGCCAACCUCAUUAAAUUUAUACAAUAGGUCACAGAGCCGUAGAUGUUUGCUCUGUGACUGUGGCACUGUAAUACAGGAUGCUAGUUAUGUCUAGAUCCACCGGUGCUUGUAAAAUAGAUACAGAUAUUUUCCUUCAAAUCAUAUUUGUAACACUUUAGAGAUAGGCAAGCCCACACAAGAGAAUUGUGCAGAAUAUUCUUCCAGGCCUCAAUCAGAUUGGGGAGUGGGUUGAGUUACUUCACAGAGUGACUGGAGAAUAAAGACCCCCCUCCCCUAAAAUAGCCCACAAACCAGGCUUGCCUGUAGAAUGCCGGCAUGCACCAAAAAUAUCCUUCAUCUACACCAAGGUCUAGGACUGUGGGAUAAGCAGCCUCAUAUAACCAACAUACUUAAGUGUAAUUAAUGUAUGAAGGGGUUAAGACCAUAAAGUAAACUGUCCUGCCAGGCUUAGCUCACCUUGGGAGAGACUAGGACCUAGGUAAUCAAGCCUUUGUUCCACCUCAGUCUACCUGUGAAGACAUCUGAGCUGGUUGCUCCAGGCUUACACUGCAUGCCUCUCACAAGCCACUCUUGACUUCCUAUACCAAUAAUUUAGGAACUUUCACCACUGUGACUGAGCCAGGUUUUACUGCCUGUGCAACUGUUUCUAAAUGUUGUAUUUUUUAAAGCACAAGAACUUGACCUUUGGAUAAUUUGUAAGUAAACCAUUUUAACUUACCAAGCAUGUGGCCUUUUUCUAUGCUGGGGAUGAGGGCAACUUUGGAAAGAACUUGGGAGGACAUGUUUUAAAGGUCUAACAGCCUAUAUUUCCACACUUUACUUUGCUGCAUAUUUUGUGCUUUAAAUCUCUGCUGGGGUUCUCUCACUAAAGAUUACUUGCCCCAAACUUGGAUCUUGGCAUCCAGGAAUUCUCUUUUUGUACCUAUUUUUUCCUUGAACCAACCUAGUGCCCUCCAGAUGUUUGAGACUGCAACUCACAGCAAUAUAAGCUAGCAAGUGUAGUUGGUGAAGGCUGGUCUAGGCCCAUCCUUUCCUGUGGUUCCCCCAGGAGUAUACAAAGAUGGGAACCUCCCAUUUGCCAGACACUCCUAGACAGCUCAAAGGGCUUGGAUGCUCCUAUGUAUGUGCACUAUAUUCAAAGACAGGACCAUGGGAACUGUAUAUGUAGAACCCACUAAGUCUGUAGAAGUAUGUGAUGGUGAUAACUUAUCAUUUAUAUGCUGCUCAUCUGACUGUGAAACCAUACAGACUACAGCAGCUGGAGAAAAGAGGUAGCCAAAAUGGAGGUGCCUCCUAGAUAUUUUGGACUCCAAAUUCCAUCAUCCCUAACCAUUGGCCAUGCUGCCUGAGGCUGAUGGUUGGGAAAGGCUGAUCUACAAACACCUGACUCUUUUGUUAUGGUACCAUCAUUGCUAUUGUGGUUUAACAUAAACUUAAUAUGCACUUUCUGUUAUGGGGUCCCCAACCCCAUUUUAUCCUCAAAAGAAACCCUGUGGAAUAGGCUAGGUUGAGAGAUAAUGACUUGCCCAAGGUCACCAAAUGAAUUUCCUGUAUAAACAGUGAUUUGAAUCUGGUUCUUCCUACUCCAGUGAUUUAUCCAUUAUAUCAUUCUGGAUUUCCCAGCCCCAUGGCACUACAAAGUGUGCUCCAAAAAAACCUGGAAAUUCCUAGAAAAGCAUUUCAUCCUAUUUCAAACUACAUUGUGGACAUGUAUAUUAGAAGCACUGCCCAUAGUGGGCUAACUCCAUGCCUGCUGGAAGUUGAUCUUUCUUGUUGAUCUUUUGCGUGUGGUUUGGUUAUUGUGUACACACCCAUCCAAGCAUGAUCAUUACAAUUAUGGGUGCUAGUGGGGGUGCAUGGUUGCCGAGCUGCUUUGAUUAAUACAAAAAUGGAGGCAAUUGUGAAGAGUGCAAAGAGGAAGUAAAACAAGCAUAUUUGAGUACUGAGUAAUCAACUCAUAAAUAUUUGUGUGGUAGAAAGGAAUGAUGGGCGGUCAGGUACACACUCAUAUCCAACCUACCAACACUUUUUUAUCACGGGUGUGGACAGGGUGAUAAGCAAUAAGACAAAAGCAUAAACUUUUAAUACUUGUUCUGCCCAACUGCUACCAGACUGUGUGGAAAGAGAGAGAGAAACCAGGUUGAGAAUACAACUAAACCUGUAUAGAUUUAUAUAUUUUAAUUCAGUAUAUUACCUUCUUAUAACGACUAGUCUGAUUUUACAUGUUGAGGACCAUGCCGGAAUAAACCAGCAAAACAUUGUAAACUCAUAGUUUCUGUCUGGUAAUAAUCAAUAUUAACAAUAUUCGAUUAAAUUGUAAAAUGUAGUUUACUUUGAGGUGAAGUUCUUUUCUUUUCAAGUACUCUUUUGAUAUGCUGUAUGGACAUAAUUCAAUAAGUGAUGCUCAGUUUUGGAGUAGAACUAAUCCAAUUUGUCAUCAACUCAACCUGUCUUUGUUCUUUUAGUCCAGCUUUCGCCAGAUGUCUUAGACUACAAGGACCAUAAUCAGCCCCAGCCAAUACAGGUGAUGGGCAUGAUAGUCCAAAACAUCUAGAGGGCACUAGGUUGGCAAAGGCCUCUCUAGCCUAAUAAAUUGUGUUGGUUCAGCCAUUAUGGCAAACACCCACACCUUAUCAAGCCAUUUCAAUACAUAAUAUUACUGACAGUCUCCACUUCCCCACAGAAAUAUGCCAGCAACUUUUUUUAAAAAAAAACUUCUUUACAUUCCCACCUCACCAGGCCUUCAACUAGUUCAUUAAGAACAUCAGAGCUAAAGAAUUUUCAUAUCCUAAACAUGCUUAGAUGUUACUUAAGAAGUAGCAAGAAAGAGAAAUAAAGUGACAGUUAACAACACACCUGUCUUCAGUUCAGAGAUCUACGCCCUCCCAUCAGAUGUCAAACAGAUAAACAACUAUUUGACUUUUAGAAGGUAUCUGAAGGCAGCCCUGUUCAGGGAAGUUUUUAAUGGUUGAUGUUUUGCCAUGUUUUAAUAUUUUGUUCGUAGCUGCCCAGAGUGGUUGGGGCAGCCCAGUCAGUUGGGCGGCGCAUUAUUAUUAUUACAUAUAGUUUACGUUUUUAGAAUUCUACCGUAAUUCUAAUAAUUGCCUAUACUUUCUGGGGCUCUUGCAAGCUGAGAGUAUUGUUGCAUUAAGGCUGGGGUGGUGAACCCCAGGCCUUAGGCCAAAUGAAGCCCUCCAUUUCUGUCUAUCUGACCCUUGGACUCUAUUCAGGCCACACCACUUCUUCCGCAGGUUACACCCCUCAGCAGCACUGCUUUGUAUCCUACUUGAGAGCUUUUGCGUUGCUGGAAUGUGUCAAUGAACUCCAAUAAUGCCUCUUGCUUGCAUUCAUGGUAGAGAGGGGUGUGCAAAGGUUAAAUUUGCAUUAGUUUCUCUGCCCAGUUUUGCCUCUUGCCUCUCUGGUACUGGCAUCUGACCCUCCAAAAGGUUGUCCUGAAGGGAAUAUGACCUUCAGGCUUCAAAAAGGUCCCUCACGCCUGCACUUAAGCCACAAAAAAAUCCUAUUUAAUUGUGUUUUGACUAGAUCUUGGGCAUUGGUGAUGUAAGUUAACAGCAGCCUUAUGAGAAAAAGGUGUUAACAUUUGUCCCACUGAAAUCUGGAAAUCACCUUGAAGUGUGUAAGAUUGACAGCUCUGGCCAAUUUAGAUUGAUUGAUGUUUAUCCACACAACAAGGAAAGAAAGAAUGACAUCGAAGCAAGCUGUUCUCCUGACAACUUUUUCAUCCCUCUAAAAUGGAAAUAGCUUAUGCUACUAUAGAAUGAGCCAGAUCUGGGUUCUGGAAUGUGAUCAUGUUUCACGCUGAAAAAUAGGCAGAGGAGGUCAAAGCUUCCUUUAAUCCGUCUUUACAUUUCAUGAUAGAUUCCCUUAGGUAUGGGAACUCUUUACAGAGAAAAGGACCUCCAAUCUUUGCUUAUGAACUAGCUUUAGGAAUGUGAAUAAAAUAAGGUUAGCCUAUAGUUUAAUUAGUUCUGAAAUCUUACAAUGGCAGUGAAAAGGCCUUCUGUUUUCCUUAGUUUUCAAUAUACUGAAGGCUGACUUUUCUGACAUGACAAUGACUGCUUAAUAGCCCCAAAGGAGCAAUCCUACUCUAAGAUAACUGCUUUUAGCUGCUUCCCCUCGAUGAGACCCAUGAGACAAAGCACAGAUUUGUGCAGGAUGUGAAUGAUCUAAGUGAACUUUGAUGUACUAACUAUUAUUGCAAACAUGUUUUAUGAACCCUGGGUAUCUGCUUUUAUUACAUAAUGAAUCAAUACCAGAAGUGUGAAAAAGCAGUACCUUGUUAGCACAUAUAGAGCAAUUCUAACUAUAAUUUUGCCUUUAAAUAUGUAACACUUACAUGUUUAAUUGUUACCCACAUGUUCUAAGAUAUGACGUUUUAAGAAUUCAACAUUUUAAGAUGGAUUUUUAAUGUACUACGUACUACUGUUUACUUCCUUUGAUCUAUCAACUAUGACAAUCACAGGCACACAUAACUGGCCUAAAACCCUCUAAGGAAGAUUAUGUGAAGCACUUUCACAACAGGCUGUGUAAAGCCGUGUCUGAUCCAUAGGCAGCAUCAUGGGAAAGUGCUUUCCCUGAUCCUCAAUAACCAGUCCUCUAUGACUUUCCUUAAACUGCAGGGGAAGUAAAGCUCCUAGUUUAAAUCAGUGGUUGGGAAUGUGUAGCCCUCCAGAAUGUGUGUUGCUGGAAUCCAACUCCCAUCAGUCCCAUUAGGGAUGACAGGAGUUUAGCAAUAUAUGAAGGGCUACAUGGCCUCUAUCUUGUCAAAGUAUCCUAAAAGGACAAGGAAGGUUUGGGGUUGUGUGCCAUGAGGUGUGUGUCCGCAGACCCUAAUUCCCUGCUAGUGCACAUAUUGGAGACAGGUGUACCAAUCCAUCUGGGGAUUAGGAGAAGUGCUUCCUGCCUAAUCUCAAACUUUAGAAGUCAUAUGUCUCGUGCUAUGUAGGGGGUGGGAUUCCCCGUUUUUUAUACCUUCCAGGACCCCAACUUAUACAUUCCCAGGGAUGGUAUCCAAAUAAGUCAUUUUCAGAGCAGACCCUCUGAAACAAAUGGAGUUGAAGUAAUUUAAAUCCAAUAAUGAGUUGUCCAUCAGACAUAGCGCUAUCGUAUGAAUCCAAUGAAGAUCUUCUAGUAACUGAAAUCCAGCCACUUUCCUUCUCCGAAAGCAAGGACAGCUUAUGCUUUGUUUUCCACACCCAUGCAUCUGACUUUGUCUUUCUUCAAGGGGUCCUUUUGUAAAGUUAUUAUAAGCCUUUUGAUGUUUUAACUGAUGGACAAGAGGAAGCCAAUUCAAAUACAGCAAUACUUUCAUUGAACAGUAAAGCAUAUACAUUCUCCACAUUCUUCAAAUUCCUCAUCCAUUGCCUAGCCAGUCUUCAGCACUGCAUUAAUAUUUGACCUUAUUAGCCUCUCUCUGUAUAUUCUAGAAUAACAACAAGAACAUUUCAGUAUGACUGUCAGCACAGGAUUACUAACCCAAAUGCAGUAUAAGCACUAGAACACUCCAAAUGUCAUAAUAUGUUACCGGAGGAGGGGGUUCUGUUCAUUCUCCUCACAAUAAAAUAAUGCAGCUUACUGGUCCAUAAAGUUCUGAUUCUGCUCCUUGUAUAUUAACACAUUCUCUGGAAAAAUUAGUCAUAUUUUCAGGGUGCAAAGGGAGCUCUGCCUUUUUUUUAAAAAAAUGACAAAUUUCAUUAAUUUUUAAAGUAUCAGUAGAAUAAAUAAUUAAUUACAUAUCACAAAAUGUAGACAUAAAAUUACGUCUCCCAUCCCUGGCCAGUCCUAACUCAAUGUCCCACCAACAUCAACAACAAUAGAGGAAUUUGAAGUGUAGGGGGGAGGGAAAGGGCUUGGCAAAAAGAAAUGUGAGGCUAAAUCAGAACCACAGUUCAAUGCUGCUUUCGUCUCUUGUUCAAAUAGCUCAAAAAAUGUCUUCCAGAUUUCCCCUGCUUUCAUAUCUAUAAUAUAUAUUUGCUCACUUAUUGCUUGAUCCAGUAUGUCUUCUGUCCAACAUUCUAUUGUUGAACCUCCUUAGAUUUCCAUUGUUCCUGUGACCUGAUCAAUUUAGCAUUUGCUCUGGUAGUAAUGCGUAUGAUGUGUACCACCCUCGUUCUCUUAGAAUGGCAAUGGCACCCAGUUGAGAGGUGCUGAAACUGAGUUCCGACAAGUUCUGGCUGAAACAAAGCCCCGGCUUUAUUUUCUUUCUCACACAGCCAAGGAAACCCUAUCACAAAACAGUUUAUAUUUCUUGCCUUAUUGCAGAGGACUUGUUUGAAUGCUGUUCUGAUAUAAGACACAUACUUUGCAAUAGACCAACUUUGACAUGCCCUCUCCUUUUUUGAUCUUAUACUGAGAAUGUAGUAAAGCUGGUUCCCCCUCAGCUAUUUAGAAUUAUAUAUGACAGCAGCAGAUUUUGAAUGCAAGUCACUGUGGGAAGCAGCAGCUAACCAGCCACUUUUCACUCUGCAACUCUUUCCUCCAGCCCCUUUUUUCCAAUAUGAUAUCUGCUACUGGCUAGGGGUGGCUGUGUUAGGGAAGCAACCUUGAAGGAGAGGUUUGUUAAGUAUAAUUGGUUUAAUUGACAUUGAAAUGGGAAUGUCUAUCUAUUGGUGAAAAGAUUUAGCAUAGGGAGAUUCCACUGAAGCUUUAGAAAAGCAAGAAGAGCACUCUGAGCUCUUGGUGAGUUGAUAAUUAACUGAUUGUUGCUUUCUGCUAGCUAACACGUGAGUGAGUAACCUUAGAUCAGGUGAUUAAGGUAUUGAGUUGCAAAUCUGCCAUCUUGGAAAGGUGGUGGCUGCUUCUUUGUUCUAUCCCAGGCUGCAUGGAACGAAGAUUUAAAUGAAGCUCUCCAGGAAAACAGAUCUAGACAAAAUGGAUGUUGAAAGAGAGAGACCUUUACUUAUAGGUCUCUUUGGAUUAUUUCAUAUUUUGUAAGAUGCUGAGCCUAUGACUUUGAAUGGCAUAUGUCUUAUGGAACUGUUUGGAUGUAUCAUUGGAUGUUUUAAUUCUGUUAUGAAGAAAGUUCUGCAAGUAAAGUUUGAAUAAUAUUUUUAUGAUUCGGGACAAAGUUGCCUUCCAAAAGGAGUCAGUUCUUUUGCUUCAGACUGCACAAUAUUAAUAUCUGCAACAGGGCUGUGGUGAAACAGAUAAUGGAAAAAAGAGUUCAGUACCCCUCUUCUGCCCUCCCUCAUUAUUUUUUUACUGUGGUUUGACAGCAAUCUACAUUUGAAGAUAAAGAUCUUGCAUCAUGUAUAUUUCCACCCCCAGAAGGCUAAUGCUUCCAAGUCUUCCAAGUUUGAAUAUUAUACUCCCUUCAGCUGCGCCCUGUUGUUCUUCUUGCUGCAUUUCUCCUCACCUCUCUUGAGAGCUGUUACACUGUUAAUGAGUCAUCUUCGCAAUUUCAGCACUAUUUGUUUCCUAGAGGUGAAGCAAAAUGUCUCUUCUGAAAGCACAUCAUUCAUUUUAGUCUUUAUGUAGCCCCUUCAUGCCAGUGCAAUUCACCUACUCAAUCAGGCAACAGCGUAUUGCUUCCUAUGAGGACAUUUUUGGGCUGCCAUAUCCUACCGCCGCUCUUAACAGGAUGAAAGCCACCACAAGCUGACUGAUGGCAUGGUGACUCAUCCUGUGAAUGCUCCAAUAGGUUCCAUCAACCGAUGCCUAGCUACUGUAUGAAAGCCCUCUCAAGAUGUGAGUGGAAACAGGAGAUGAAAGAUUAUGGUCUCAAUAAAGAAUAAUAUUCACAAGGCCAGUCACAGCAUUAAAAAAAUUCAGCUUGAGUGGCUUCAACAAAUCUCCAUUUUGCCAAAAUGGUUGUAUGAAUGAGUCUUUUACUUGCUUUAUGUUCCUUUACCCAUGGCUUCCUAGAGUACUGAAUGCAGUGGAAAUUGACAAUAAGCUUGAUUACUAUUCCGAAACGCCACAAUCUCGUUUAAUUUUUGUAAAAAAUAAUAAUCACUGAGUCGUAUCCAACUUCAGUUCUACUCAGAGUAUAUCUAUUCAAUUAAAUUGACUAACUUAUGUACACAAUGUGGUUGGAUACAACCCACUAUGUGCAAAGCAUUAAUAUGACAAUGGUGGCAAUUGAUUGUCCCAAUAAAUAUUGUUUUGGAAACAAGGCUGGCCUCCCUGUCCUCAGUUUGGAUGCUUUUACUUCCAUUUACUUGGGAGUAAGGCCUACUGAACUUGAUGGGACUUGCUCCAGAGUGAGCCUGCAUAGGAUUGCACUGUUAGACUUCCAUCACAUUUGCACAUUCUUACUAUGUGCUUUCUCCACUGUACACAAUCCUCUUAUUUUUUAUGCCUAUUCUGGACAAUGAAUGUCUUUUUUGUUUUGUUCUGCUACAUAAAUGCUGCAUAGUCCUAGAUUAAAUUUGAUUUUAGUCUCAUAGGGUUAGGCUGCCAGUGUUGCAAUGUGGCCUUUUAUAUCUCCCAAGGAAUUAUUGAGAUCUGUAACUGUUCAGCAUGUGAGUGUGGGUGAAUGUGUGCAGGUGUAGGUUGACUGAGGUACAGAAUAUCUGCUAACCUGGGGCUCUGGGGGAGUGGCAUUUGCUGCUCAGCAUGGCCACGGUUGGUCCAGGGGUGCCACCAUUUUCCUGCAUGGCUGGAGGAGGAGAUGGUCACUUGAUGCCACCCACCUCCGACCACACCUGUUAAAUCAUCAAGAUAGGAGUGAAUUUAUGAAGCUGGAUUAAAAAAAAAAAAAAAAGCAAGCAGCUCUAUGCCAUUAUUUACCUAAUGCAUGUAGGGAAACUCAGACCAUUGAUCAAUCCUAGACUAUUUAUCGUUAGCUGAAACCACAGCUUGGUGUGAUGUCUGAAAUGAGCUAUAUUUACAUACAGGUCCAGAAAGAAACAAGUUCUGCAGACAACUGAACAUUGGCAAAAGUUAAAAACAAGACUGGCUGUUUAGAUUAUAACUGGAUUUAAAAGGUAAUUUUUAGUAUAAGCGUGUGUGUGUAUAUAGUCUUAGGCAAUUAAGAUGUAUAAUUGAUGUAAUUGUAUACUGAGCUUUUUCUUGAUGUUUUAUAUAUUUACUGGAAAUCUGUUAUAUUUAAUUUUCAAAAAAGAUUAUUGAAAACCAGAAAGGGAAAGGGAGUUGUAAGAACCAGGAUGGGUGGGCCUUGUUAAUAAGUUAAUGCAUAACUGUUUCUUGUUUGUAUCUGAAGCUUUUGCAAGGUACUGGAUGAGCAACAACAGGUCAUAGCUAGUCAAGGAGGAUAUUUAUUUCAUGCAUUGGUGGGGCUAUAUGUGGAAAGGGUGGACAUGCAGCAGACAUUAAACAGCCCUGUUGCUCCAGAUCCAGUUUUAGUUAGGAGUUAUGAACUAGCUUGAUUUUUUCUGUCUUGUAAAACAGCUUCCUGUUUGCCCUAAACAAACUGGCAAAGCUCUGAGAAAUCAAUGACAUCUUUUUGCUUGGGGGGGUGGGAUUUGAUAAUGACAUUGAAUUAGGAAUGUGCUAAAUUUCUUAUCCUUGAUACUGAGGCUUGACAGCUACUACUAACGAUUCUUCCUAGAGAAUGGCAGUUACAGUAAUAUAUCCACCCCACAGCAUUUGGAAGUUGUGAAUAAACUAAGAAGAUCAGACGUGAAGUUCAUUGUAUGACCAAUCUGAACAUCUCACACAAGGUUAUCAAUGAUAAAACUUUAUUUUUUAUUAAAUUUAUAUUUCACCCUUUCUCCCAAAGGAGCCUAGGUAAAGAGCCUAGGUGAUAAAGCUAUAAGAAUGCCUUAAAAACAAUUCUAGUAGAGAUGCAAACUGGGAAAGAGCUCAGCUGAAAAGGGUUGUUUAAGAAGGAAGGUCUUUAAGAGGCACUGAAAAGACAGCACUUAUUGGCACUUGUCUAAUAUUUAAGAGAAGUGAAUUCCAAAGGGUAGGUGGCUGUCAGGGAGUCUUGAUAACAAACGAGCGUAGUUAAUUAAAUAGAAGAUUUAUUGCAAAAACAGAGUUCACUGGAGUGGUGAUCACAGUCUAUAAAUCAAAUAUGUCCCUUCUGAGGAGGGUGUUUCCAGCAAGACCAGGAACAGCCGAACUUCCUCUUGUGACAUAUUCUGUCCCAUACACCUAGACCUUGGACUAAGGGGGUCAGCUCCCACCCCUUCCUCAUUCUCUGAAACAGUACUUCCGUGGUCCUUCCCUCUCUCUGAGCUGCUUUCGUUUCUAGCCCCUGCAUUUUGUCCUUCACUAGCACGCUGGCAAGCUGCUGGCUGACUCUCCACAAUUUUAUCAGUUGACAUUCCUAAGGGCAGGGGAGUUGGCUCUCGGCUAUAAUCAUCCUGUCUUGAGAGAUUAACCCUCUCUCUUCCUAGCUACUUCCUUCACUGGGAGCUGGCUGCAAACUUUCCCUGAGGGCUGGCUCAUUCAUGACAGCGGCACAACAGAAAAGGCCUGAUUCCUAUGCUGAGCGGAGAAGAACUCCUGAUAUGAUGGUAUCUGCAGGGGGCUCUCAUCUGCAGGGCAUAGAGAUCAAUUGGGUAUAUAAGAGGUGAGCUGUUCAAUGAGAUUGUACAUUCCCAAAAGAAAGAGGAAACAGAUCAAACAGGUUAGGGUCCUGGGCCCCACUGACAAAACUUUGGAAGGUGUUGUCUCAGCUAAUAGCUGGAGUCAUCCAAGACCUUAUGUAGUCCAGCAAGGCCUAUAGAGCAGUUGCCACCACCUCACUGAGGAGCUGGCUGUGGCAACUUAAAGGAUCCUUGUCCAGUUCUGCAGGUGUCAGUCUGGAGGGGAAAGAGGAGGUGCCAAAGGUCCUUCCUGAGUAGAGAUGCUUGCAUUUUCCUUAGGGUAGAAUAAGGGGUCAGGUUCGGGGAUUAUUGCACUUACUAAUCUCCAUCUAGAUCAUUUUUUGUUCUUUGUUUGUACCAUAUGAAUAGACAAUUUAAAUGAAAGUGUAAAAUUGUGUCUUCAAGGGUGUCAGAGAAGACCAAAUGUUUCCCAUUCAAAAAUAACUCUAUUGCAGAGGAAUUUGGAGUUUAGCUUGAAUAGCUUUUCAAGGUGAUCAUGACAUAUCAUGUCCCGAUGCAGUUUUUGAAAGCAUGAUAACUCUAAUAUCAACAUUUAAAUUAAUGUUUCAGACAGUUUGAUAACACCUGUGCCAAUAACAAUGAACCAUAAUCAGGAACAUCCCCUAACCUUCACCCUUGCCAUCCUGUGUGUUUAUGUAUCUCCAGCUGAAGAUUACACUUCCUGCAUCUGAUGAAGUAGACUUUAGUCCAUGAAAGCUUGGGUCAUAAUAAAAUUUGUUAGUACUUAAGGUGCCACAAGACUGUUCAUCUUGCUGCAACAGAAUGAUUAAUAUGUCUCCCCUCUGGAAAUUCUACAUUGUUAUAGAUGAAAAUUUUCCUUUUACUGUUUAAAUAAACUUUCUUACACUUUGUUUUUAAUUCUAAAGCCAAGAGACCUGAUGGAAUUUAUAAAGGUUCCUCGUUGUCUGCUUUGGUGUUAUUAAACAAUCCAACUUGUUGCCAUGGAGACAGAAGAACUAGAAGAGGUGGAAAGACACAGUAGGAAAUCAGUCCAUGGUCAUUGGAAGGAUAGUUCUUCGCAGGCAGUAUCAUGCGUGGACUUGAUCUGCGAUGAUGAAUCAGAGGCUUCUGACCAUGUGACUGAGAAGGAAUCACAGACGCACUACAUUCCGAUUCGAAGAAAUUCCAGGUACUACCGCUCCUUCAGACUUCGGAACAGAGGGAAAGCGAGGAGCAGCAGAGAGGUUCAAACUGAAAGUGUUGAAGGUAAGUAGUCUAAGUAGUUACUCUCCCUUCUUUGCCCAUUGAGACUGAGAGUUAUGGGUAAAAGUAUAUAGCAAGGGUUGGGGGAGAGGGUUUACAGGAAGAACAGUGAGAGACUUCUUAAGACUCUAGAAUCUGGGUCCCUGCCUUCGUACACCGGCUGCACCUACUGGAUAUCAAGUUGCUGCAAGUCUAAAACUGCAAAAACAAGAGAGGAAGCCAAAUGGGAUGAGAUCUGAUGCCAUUUCACUUACAAUGAAGCUCUGUUUGGUUGGCAAGACCCACAACUAAAGAAGGAACGAACAGCAAGAACAAGCAAAAUAUUUCAUACAAAUGAUAGUGUCUACUGGAGCAAGAGACAUAUUAACAGCACAAUGCUAGACAAGUUUACACACAAGUCCAUUAAGUGCAAUGGAACUUACUCUUUAAUAAGUGUGUUUAGACUGCAACCUUGAGAACCAAACACAACAAGAUUAUUGUUGUCUAAACCACACAGCAAAGUAAUUAAUAAUACUUAGCAUGUCUAUAGCACAUUUUAACCAUUCAAAAUUCUUCCUCUACGUUAUCAUGAUGAUUGUUGUGCUUCUGCUUUUCUACUUUUCUUUGACGCCAGGUAAAGAUAACUUUGGUCGGCAAAGAAAUGGGUUUUUCCCCAAAGAGAUAGCUGUUUUUUGUUUCUACAAAUGAGCUUAGAUAACAAAUUACCCCAUCCUAAUGCCCUCUCACAGAAGACUGGGCCCAUUCUUUCUUGCAAUAUAACACACAAGGCAAGUCUCUUCCCUUUCUCCAAGCAGAUAAUCACAAGACUAAAAACUUCUACUUAAUAUGCUGCUCCAGUCAUCGUAGUAUGGUAUAUGGACAAAAUGAGCUCUUUUGUAUGCUAGGGCAGACAUUUCUCCACCCAGUGAAUGCAGUAUGCAGCAAGGCUAACAAAACAGAUUUUCUCAUCGAGUCACCUGAGCUCAAGAGAGCCUCUGCACCAAACUUGGUGCAGAUGAGGAGAAUCUGACCUACACACAGCACAGAUUCAUAACAACUGUAAAGAAAGACAUCACUGCCUGUUUCAGUCCCAGCAGAAUUAUUUGAAAACAAGCUGAUCUGCUACAAGUUACAACUUAAAUCUGUGUGGUCUGACCAGUUGCGGUCCUACCUACUCUCUGCUGUUCCACUCCUGAAGCAGCAGCUACUCACCUAAAGAACUAGAAGAGGAAUUCAUGACGUCUUCAGAACGUAACAGGACUUUAUGAAGAGCCAGGGAAUCUCUCUUUCACCUAAGCUAACAUUUAUUCAGACAACUAGCAGAGAAUUAUCUUCAGCCUUCAUACCUCAAUGGGUACUGUGUGUCCCUGUAAAGCCUAAAUCUUGGGCAUAUGGAGAACCUCAUCUUGCGGCAAUAACUAAAGUACACGGACAGCAACGAUGGGUGAUCUCUUUUAUCUUACAUUUGAGAUCUCUGAUGUAUUGUUUGUUUACAGAACUGCGCCAAGCUGAUCCUACUCUGUUUAUGUAGAACUGGGUCUGGGCAUUUGCCCCUUGCACAUGGGCUCUGUGUUCACCUGCCACCUCUCUUAUUUUGGGGUUCUGGAGCAGUCUGGAGCCAAUUGUGGUCAUGGGUUUGUCCUCCUAUCCCACCCACCCAAAUGAACCAGCUUGGUGUGAAAAGGCUGAAAGGGCUGAAGUAGCAGCAUGAUUAAUCAGCUGCUUCCUGGAUAUAAUGUGCCCCAGUAUCAAGGUCAAAUGCCUCAUACAUCAAAUAGCAGACUGGCUCAGGAUUUACACUUUGCAGGUAGAAGAGGGUAGAGAAGGGCAGACAGGAAAAAGCUCUACAAUCCAUUGGUAGAAUGAAAUUUGACACAGAAAAAAAGGCAGAAUGGUAACUAGAAAUUGUAUGUAAACUGAAUAUAGUUAUGUAUCAAACAAAUAGCCAGGGAAAGCUUAUCACUAAUUUCAUCCCAAAACAAUAUUUACUUGGUCCCCAUUAAUCCCAUGUAAAAAUGCUCAUACAAAAAUGUUCAGUGCAGCAACCAUAACAGCAAUCAAUGCACUGUCUGGGAGAAAUGCUACAUUUUCCAAAUAAAAAAUACUGCAUUUGCGAAAUGUGAUAUUCUUGCUACGUGAGUGUAUCCAUCAGACACGAAAGUGUGCAACAAAUGAGGGAAAAUGCAUAUUAACAUCAAAGUACAUUAUGCUGGUAAAAUGGUAAAGUGCAUCAUUUUCAUUCCCAUCCUCCCAAAUUUUAACAAACAGCCAUGAAUCAGAUGAGAUCAUGUCUGGUUUCUUGUGGGAACUUUUUCUGGCUCAUUUUGAUGGAAGCAUGUAGGACUUUUGUCAUUCUGUUCCUGGAACAAAAAGCUAAUUUAAAGCCAAUGCCAGAGAACAUAUCUCUGAGCCUUCUUUCUCAAUAAUGAAACUAAGUUCUAGGAAAGCUUCCAGGAAACUAAGGGCUGGGAUUUCUGCAAGGUAACAGCCACAAGCUUACCUAUAUAUGUAUCAAGUAGUCAUGUUUUUGUAAAAAACAAAACAAAACACUGUGAAGAAAUGAAUCAGCCACAAAACAAAACUCUCAACCUCUCUUUUUUCUUAACUGCAAAUAUUUUAUAGAACUGACAGAAAACAUUUAUUUCUUUAUUUCAAAGCCUCACUAAAAAAUGGUAAUACCAGAAAUGAGCUUCUGAACAAAGACGAAUUGUUACGCAUAUUUCACAAGGGCCUGUCUCUGCAUGUAAAACGAGAUAUGACAGCCGCAGAAGAACAAUGGUUGCAAAGGUAAGGAAGAAAGUAAUUUCCCUUGAGAUACAGAAGGCAAAAAAAAAGAUAAAAUGGGUUUUAAAUGAGUAUCAAAUGGAUUGGUCAAAUUGCGUGCAGCACUUUCACAUUUAUUACUUUAUUCUGCAGGUUUAAUUUUUCAAUUACUCUAUAAAUAUGUACAGGCAUCAGUUGCUUGUUUUCUUUUUUUAUGUAGCCCUUGUUGGAUAACGAUGGCUAUAGGCUGCUGUAGAGCUCUUUCUCCCCAGUUAAGAGAGGGAGCACAGGAGCCAGAGGCCUUCCUGGUACAGCUAUGGAAAGGUCUGUGAAAAGUAUGGGACAAAAAUUGGAUUCUGGGCAUGAGGGAAGACUCCACAAGGAAGGGUGUUUGAAAAAGGGUGAGGGGCUGCCAGCUCUGCAGGCAAGGGUUGACAUAACUGAGCUCCUAAGCGCCACAGGGGUGCCGCAGAAAGAAUGUAGGUGGUCAAGGGAGCCGUGGACUCAAAACAGUUGGAAAACCUCUGGUUUAGGAAGUGGCAGUUCCUUCUCAAUGGACUAUCCUCUCCUCCCCAACCUCUGUAGACCACAUACAUUGCAGAACAAAGUGUUGGCCACAGACAAGCCUAUCAUCUAUUUAAGAUCAGAGAAUGUUAGCUUUAUAGCUCGAUGAAAAUGUUGACCCAGUGUGUGGCAGCUGUGGAAAAGGCAGAUCUCAUGCUUAGGAUCAUUAGGAAAGUAACUGAAAAUAAUACUGCUGAUACCAUAAUGCCAUUGCAUAAAUCUAUGCUGAGACAACAUUUGGAAUACAGUGGUACCUCUGGAUGCGAACAGGAUCCGUUCCGGAGCAUCCUGAGUAGAACGUAACACGCGACUGCGUGUCUGUGUGUGCAUGGGUCGCGUUUUGCCGCUUCCACGCAUGCUUAUGACAUCAUUUUGAGCGUCUGCGCAUGCAUGAGCGGCAAAACCUGGAAGUAACGUGUCCUGUUACUUCUGGGUCGCCGCGGAACAUAACCUGAAAACGCUCAACCUGAAGCAUAUUUAACCCAAGGUAUGACUAUAAUGGAAUCCUCAAAAAGGAUGAGUUUUCCUCGCUUCCUUUGAAUAAAGCCAUUUGCCCACCUCAUUUCUAAUUCCUUUCAUGGAAAAGGUCUAGAAAAAGGCAACCAAAAUGAUCAAUUCUUUUAUGAGGAAAGGUUGCUUUGGUAAUGGGAGAAGUUCCAUGUGCCCAGUCGCUUGGUGGGUGUUCUAUGAGUGCAAACAACACUCUGCUUGUUCCCUUCCACACUACUUCUUGGCUGUUAUGGGUCAUGGAGUACAAUCACCUUGUAUUAAGAUUUGUAAGCUGCUUCAUGGCUAAAAAGCCACCAAAGUCGCAUACAAUUGGAUAAAAUAAUGAUGUCCCAGUUAUCUGUUUAGUAAGGGGAAGAGAAGGGGACUCUGACUACUGCUGCAACAGAGGGUGGUAUUAUCAAGGCUACUGUAUUCUUGAGUAGUUGUUUGAAAAAGAAUUACUAAAGAUUUCAAAUAUUUGCAAAAUUGUUACACCAUUACGAUGCAGAAAGCCAUUAACUUACUGGCACACUAGGUGAAACUAUUAAGCCUAAAGUUAAAAUACAGCAAAAAAAGAAGCAAAAAAUAAAUUCUGCCUACACAGCUAAAAGAUAAAUACAUGAUAUAUAUCAUGCUCUGAAGGUCAGCAGACUUAGGCUUUAUUGAAUUCACCGGGGGCAUUAAUCCUAAAAUAAAGCAUUUUGUAGAUAAAAAUACCAUGCAGUAUUUCCUUCUCCAUUUCAGAUGUCAAAAUAUGAGUGUCUGUGACCACAUGAACAUGUUCUGUCUUUAAGCUGCUUCAUCUUAAAGAUAUCUGAUCCCCAUCACAUAUAAAGUUUUGCUUUGAUUUCAAGAUCAAGGCCGGAUUGGCAUUCUGCUGUCUUAAACCCAAUGGCCAAAUGAUGAUCAAAACUCCACUUCCCAUGCCCUUCCCAUCUGCCUCACCUCUGUUCCCUCCAUCAUUUUCUUUUAAAAUUGUGUUGCAAAUAAAUGUAAUCUUAACUAUACUCUUCAGCAUAAAUGUUCAAACUGUUGCCGAACUUGAGAGAAAAUCACUGCUAAUUAGAUUUGAGUGAACCCAUGGAUAGAAGUAAUCACACCAGUCCCCAGAGUGCUUGCAAAGCUAUGGGAACACAAAAUAGGAAACUAGGAGCUAACUUCAAAUUUGUUGCAGAGUUUUUGUCAGAGACUGGAGAAGUGCAGGUGGAGAGACUUGUGUUUCAACAAAUUGUGAGCACAUUUAUGUAGAGUGUCAGUGACCAAAUUUUCACAGCCAGAGACAGCUUUGCCAUACAGGAAAGUCAAGCUUCAGACAGCACCAUAGUAGGAGGAUAAGUGAAGGCAGAAAUUGGUGUCUGAGUGAUCAAGCAAAAUCUUUGGCCCAAGCAGGCAGAUGGAUACAUGUGGGCCCUGCUUCUGGCAGCAAAAUGUAUUGAUCUGGCACUGCACACACAACUUGUUUUAAAUGAUUGGUAGUUCUGUAUUAGUCCUUAUAAGGACUAAUAACAUGCUCCCUAAAAAUCUUCUGUUCCUGAUUCAUUGACUAGUUACAGGAAUAAACAGUCCAAAGUUCAUACAUACUUGGCAAGUCCAGAGAACUUUAGCUGCAUGUCACAUUUACUGCAAAUCCAGCCCAGUAACCGCCUGUCCCUGCCUUGAAUUAAAGACAAAAAAAACCCUCAGUGCCUUCAAAAGCAAAAGCUGAUUCCUCCUGUGGUGUUUUUUAAAUAAUGUAUUUGCCCACAAAAAAGUAAGGACAAGAAAAAUGCUAUUAGCCGUAUAAAAUUCCUGCAUGUUAUUUAGAGAAAUGGCAAUGCCACAAUUAAGUAUGCAGGAAUCCUCCUUCCCAAUAAAGUUAUGCUAUAUAUCCCUAGCCAAAUGUUUCUUUCCACAUAAUUCCCCAGACAUUUUGCAAUAGCAGGAGUCUCCAAAUUUGACUUGAACUUGAAGGCAAAAUUCAGUGCCAAUAUAGGGUUAUGAGUUGACCCACUCUGCUCCAAGGAAGUUCAUUAGACUAAAGACUAAAGUACACCAUCUUGGCAAAUCUUGUUUCUAACAUUUCCUUUCUUGCAAGGGGAGGGGGCUCAAGGAUGCUUUCCUCCAGCAGGGUUUACUUCAGGUUUCAGAAACAAGACAGCUAGGAGGAAUGAUUAAAAAUGACCUAGGGGCAACUGAAAGGAGACUUGGCAGGCAGGGAACUGCCUCCCACAAGCCAAUUCUCCUCUGCAGUUUCCCUAAUCCAGUCCCUAUAUUAGCAUGAAAGGGGGGUAAAGGGGCUAGGAAUGUGCUGUAGCAUCCUUCAAAAUUCCUUAGAUGAUUCACUUGAUUUGGACUGUCCAAAUUCACCUCCAAAUUCUGCUUUCGGCUAACUUUAGUAACGAUCCUUGUUACAUGAUGUAGAUGGAAAUGUUCUCAUUUAAAAAACAAACAAAAAACCCACCACAAAUAUUUUAGCAUAAUCUGAGGUAUAUAUUUCCUCUUGGUUUGAAUAAAAAUUCCUUAGAGCAAGUUUUUAACACCUUGUAGGGUGUUUUUUCCACCCCUUCUAAAAUUUUUUUGCUAUUAUAUCAUGACAGAUAUAAAUGAGCUAACCUCAGCUGCUAAGAGAGCUACAGCAAAUUACAUUUAGCAAAUGUAAAUAGGAUUUUAAAAUGUAAAUAAGCUGUCAGUUUCACUUUUGCAUUGGAAAGAAAAAUCCCACAUACCUGAAAUACACAGGAACUGAUGUCAGAAGUAACCGAAUUGUGAAGGAGCUUAAGGACUUACAUGCAAUCACUGGGGGGGGGGGGGAAUAAAUGAAGAUUUUAAAAUAUGUAUUAAGAAAAUUAUUAGGAGACUUUGAGCUUCUCUGCUGAAUUAUUUAUAUAGGUCAUAUUUAAGCAACUAUAUAGGACAGAACCCAAGCAAGAGCAUCAUAGCUAGUCCAGCUUUCCCACCUCUGCCUUACUCUUGAGAGCUAUAUUCAUUCCCUAAAUCUAUUAUGGAUGGGUAGAAUAUCACAUUAAUGUCACUGACAAGUUACUUCAUAUAUCAUGUAAUUGUGGGAUAAGUCUGUUGAUCAUGCAAAAAGCACUAGUUAUACCAAUUUAAUUACUUUUUUGAGGUGACUGCUAUCUAACCUGCAAUAUUUAUGUAUAAUAGAAUUUAACAGAAAAAACUGCAUUACAAAACCGUAAAAAGGUCAACCAAUUUAGUAGUACAUAAACCAAUUUAGCAGCACAUUGUUAAAGAACUGGCCAGAUGCACUGAAUUGUUAUAAAUGUAAAAACUAGGCAUCAGUGAAUUGAAUUUUCCAUUAAAGUGUACUCAAGUGCAGAGAUUAAAGUUAAAUGAUCACUUUGCUCAAAAAAUGUGUUACUGGAUGAUAACACUGGAAGAAAUAACGUCACAAUUCAUUAUUAUCCAUUUGUGGUACAAAGGAGUAAUAAGGCAUUUUAGAAGUAAUUCGUUCAAAUGCAAUGAUGGGGUAGAAUCUUUAAAGAGAUCAAGUAUCCAAGGUCUAAAUAAUUUUAAAUUAGGUAUUGGAAACGAUCCUGCUAUAUUUUCCUGUAUUGUUUUUCAACAGAUACCUGGGUAGUUUCAAAUCCAAUCUUCUACUGUGCACAUUUUUAUUUCUUCCUCUUUACUGUUUCUUCCCUUUUAGCUGACAGUCCAUUAGCACACAACUUCUAUUACUACUUUUGCUUAAUCAAAGUCUUCCUGCUUUCUUUUACCUCAGAAAGGAAGUGGUAUACUGUACACACCCGUUUCCCAUUACCCUAUGCAGUACUCCUCAAAGCCCAAAUUCAGGUAAUAGACAUUGAAUCUAGGUUAUGCAUUGCAGUCAGGUUGAUUCCUGGUUCAUCUAAUUGGUUCUUCGGUUUAUUCAUUUAUUUAGUAAAGGAUUCCUUUCUGUUUAGAUUCUACAUAACCUUUGCACAGCUUCACUCAUGCCUAUAAUCUGAGGUUGGUUCUAAUAUCAGGAUCGACCCCCACAACCCUCUCUUCCAUCAUAUAUGUGACUUGGCAUUAUCUCUGCAGGAAUGCUGGCAAUAUUAUGAGGGAGUCUUCAUAUCUUGUGACUCAAUCAUUAGGCCAAAAUGCUGUUUUUCAGUCUUUUCUAGUAAUCAGUGCUUUGAAUUGACUGCCAAAUUUGAAGUUUCUAUAUUUUGUGGAAACACAAAGAAUUUGGGUACCUUCAUCAGUGUAAGUGAAGCCCAAGCAUCUGUAUGGAGAUCUACAUUGAAUUAACGUACAAAUCAAGAAGCACAGUUCAGUGAGUGUACAAUUCAAUAUGUGCUACAAAAUAAGUAAUUACUUCCCAGUCACAGAACCUUUAAUUACUCAUACAGAGAUUCAUACAACCUUUUCCUUUGAGCCACCCUUUUCAAAUAUGAAAGACAGUGGAAAUCUGGCUCUGUUCUCCUGCUGAAGGAUUGAGGUCUACCACCACAACUUGUCUCAACCUGUCCAAAAUUUACAUAAGAACAGCCUGCUGGAUCAGGCCAGUGACCCGUCUAGUCCAGCAUCCUGUUCUCACAGUGGCCAACCAGAUGCCUGUGAGAAACCUGCAAGAAGGAUUCCAGCACAAGAGCAGCACUCUCCCCUCCUGUAGCUUCCAACAACUGAUACUCGGAAGCUUUACUGUCUCCAACUGUGGAGGCAGAGCAUGGCCAUCUUAGCAAUACAAGACAAAUACCUGUAUUGGCAUUGUAAGUUAAGACAUUUAAAGUCUGUGGGAUAAAUUAAAAGGGACAGGCUAUCAGGGCCACAAGGCACUCAAUUGUUCUGCUUCACCCUGUCUAUUCCCUUGAGGGAUGAUUCAUUAAGAACCCUUUCAGGUAAGAUGGAGACAGGGCCAUCUUUAGCAGAUGCGGUGCCGGGGUGCAAAUAUCUGCCCAGCGCCCCCAAAUUACCAUGGACAGUGUUGGAGUGGUCAUAGCUGCACACCGCCAGCCAUCCGGGGGGGGGGGCGCAACUCUCCCCCAUGCCACUACGGGAGAGCGAUCCUCGCAGAGGCUUGGGAGUGAAGUUGCACCGCUCCCAAGCCUCCUUGGGAGGAGAGCGAUCCUCGCAGAGGUUUGGGAGUGAAGUUGCGCCCCUCCCAAGCCUCCACGGGGAUUGCUCUCCUCCCAAGGAGGCUUGGGAGGGAAGCUGCACGCCCGCCAGCCUUAUGGUUGGCGGGGCACAGCUGGUGGGCGUGCAGGGAAAGGGGAGUCGCCGGCAAAGCUGCGCAGCUCCCCCACUUGCUGGGGCGCCCCGAGAGGCUGGCGCCCUGGCGCAACUAAGCCCUAUGGGAAAGACGGCUCUGGAUGGAGAUUAAAAAGGAAGCCACUGAGGCAGUAACGUCCUUGUCCCUGUCCUCUAGGAGGAACCUCAUUUUGCUUUUUCUCAGAGCCGUGGGUCGCAGGUCCAGCAUCUUGCUCAGCAUCUGUUUGCGGAGUAUGCUGCCACCUUAGCUAGCGUUCAUCCAUAGCGCUCUCCUCCAUGAAUCUGUCUAAUUCUUUUUUAAAGCCAUCUAAGUUAGUGGCCAUCACUGCCUCCUGUGGGAGCAGGUGAAGAAAAUCUACUUUGAAUCCCUGGCCUCUUCAUAUUCUGCCCCUCAUACAGGGUGAAUCCUUUAAAAGAGGCCCUGUGGAUACAGAGUACACAUGUUCCAUGGGGCCUCUUUUAAGAGACUCACCCUGUACUAGGCUGUAGCUACCCACAAACUUGGGCAUGCACAUAUGCCCCUCUAUACAUAAUGCUUCAAGAAAUGUACAAUGUACCCACAUGCUCAUGUUUUCUGUUUUUCCUCAAAUGCCCCUCCCACCUUACCAUGGCCUAGCCCUAGGCCUAGGGUGAAGAAUCUCAAGUUUCCCAUCAUCAAGAAUAUUACUAGGGCUGCGUCACUGAAAUUUCUUCAACUUAACCAUCCAAUAUUUACUUCCAUCCACUAAAAUUAGCUGACUGGAACAUAAAACUUAGCCAAAUGCCCAACCCACCCUGCCCUGCCCCUUUUAUGAGCUGCCAAACCCCUCAAGUAGCAAAAUCAUUUUAACCUCACCACCACCCCUUAUUUCUCAAUUACACAUACAAUAUGGGUCAAACUGUGUGCUCAAGCAAUACCAGUAUACAGCUAAAUUGUUCAUGUAACUUGACCCAAGUGGAUACCAAUUUAAGUGAAGUAAUUUUAUCCAAACUGUUCUAAUACAGAGUGUGUGUGUAUCUAAAAUAUUAAAAUAUAAUUGAAAAAUAAUUGACUUUUCUUUAAACCCAGGAAUACAGAUAUAGGUUAUGUAACACUAUUGCCUAUAUUUCAUAAUUCUUAUUUCCUACUGUUUGCAUAAUUUCCAAAGAGGCAGAUGAGAACUAGCCUUUAUACAAAAUGUGCCCCAUUUCUGAGUUUUUCUUUCAGUUCCCAAGCUUGGCAUAAAUAUCUAGAGGAAGAUGUGUUUGCUCCAAUUUGGCACAUGAAAUAGAAAUUAAAAUGCUGAUGUUUGAAAAAUAUCCCUGAACAUAAAACAUUGAAAUCCAAAUCAAGAAGGGUUUUUGUAGCAUGUAUUAUUUUCCUGGGUUUGUGUGGAAUUUCUGCAGAGGUAAUGAGGGAAGAGACUGCUGAGAUUUUCUAAAAUCCCCAGAACUGACAUGUAUUUCCGUAGUUUAGAUCUGGUUAUAUUUGUAUUUUUGGGUGACAGUGAAUUCAAUUAUUAAUUUUCAUUCUGUAAAAAUAACUGCACCAAAAUAGAAAGAAAUAGAAGAAAAUAACUCUCUUCCUACACUCCAGCUUGCAAGAGAAUGCAAACUGGACAUCAGAUGAACAUUGUAAUCUCUUUGCUGGAUCAGAGCUAACAUCCUUAUUAUGAUCCAGCAUUGUGCCUUCAGAGUGGUCAGGCAGAUAGUCCUGAAAAACUCAUGAGGAAACCUAUCUAUUGUUGUUUGCCUGCAGAUAUGUUCUCUUGGAAGAUGGAUGCCCCAUUUUAGCUAUCAUGACUAAUAACAAGUGGUAGACUUCUAUAAAUUGCACUGUCCUAAUAAGAGGCUAACUUCAUUCAGGAUGAAAAGCCAUGUCAAUUCAUGUGACAAACGCCACAAACCGUAUCAUUGGUUGAACUGCUGCAGUUGGAACAUUUUUAUAUGUAAGCCACCUUGCGUUCCAUCAGGGGAAAAGGCAGGGUAUAAACAAAUAUUUAAUAAUAACUACCAUUAUUGCCCGAUUUUCCACGCGAAAAUACAAAGGGGGAUCCUGAACAUAAGCGUGCAAUGAAAGGGAGGGGGAACUAAAACCCUUCCUUUUACCAUUCCGAGUGUGACUUGUAAGAUCAUUGAAUCUUUUAUAGGGUUAAGUGUUCCCGUUAACAGCCUUAUACAAGUUGUCUGUUGCACAGGAGAGCUCUCGGGUCCAAUCCCUGGCACUACAGGAUCUCAGGUGGCAGAGCUGACUGUACUGAGUGAGACCUUGGAGAGAGUCUGCCAGUCAGAGAGGACAAUAAUGGGCUAAAAGGGUAGGCUAGUUUCUAAGGAGCGCUUACUCCCAAGUGUUCUCCAGACUCCUGGGGGAAACAGGUGUCCGCUCUUCUGCGUGGAUAUUACCUGUUUUGCAGCGGUGCGCGCGCCUCUCUCUGCCUAGAGAUCUCUUUUUGGGGGCGGGGAGGGGGUCUCGUUAAAGACCAGUGCGCGGGGGUGGUUGGGGCUUUCUCUUGAGUUUUGGGCGCAGCAGCUGCGAGGGACGUCUCUGCAUGCUGUUCUCCACCGUGUGCGCCCGAGAGAGUGGUCUUUGUGAACAGGACAAAAACUGAGGGGUGUGGGGAGGUCACUCCAGUCAUUUCGCCUUGUUCAGGAAGGUGGCUGUUUGGGGAUUGAGCGGAAGAAGUGGGCGCUCGGGAGCUGCUCAGGAGUAAUAAGGCGAGGGAAAGCGCAGAGGGGGCGGCAGUGGCGGCGGCGGCGGCCUCCCUCCCCCUCGUGCGCCACCGACCUUUCUUUUCUCUCUCUCUCUUUUAUUUCCCCCUCCCGCGCAGGCUGCUCCCUUCCUACCCCGGUUACCGUGGCAACCGCCCGGACUCCCCCAGCCCCGCGCCUGCUGCGGAAUCGCUCCGUAGCAGUAGCAGCCGCUCGCUGCAGGACUCGCUGCUGCUGCCGUCGCUUUCGCCGCCUCGCAUGGAGCUCCUGGCUGCCGCGCUCAGCGCCGCCUGCGCCCUGGACCAUGAAGGCUCCGCGGAGAGCGUGGCCGGAGCCCGCCCGUCCGGCAGGUGAGCCAAAGAGGAGGAGAGCCGUUCGCCCUCCUAGAGCAGGGGGCGCCCCCUUCGACGUUAGACCUCAAGACUCGCGAGCGGGAAGUUCGCUGGUCUUGGCGCCAAGCCGCGUGCCCCGCGUGCCUGCCCGCCCCCUGUAGGGAAUGUGGGACAGAGCUCCCCUCUGGACUCCCCCGCAGGCAGGCACCCGCCGCCAAGUCCGGAGGCUUAGUUUCCAGGUCUCCUCGCGGCUGCCCUCCUCCAUUUCUCUUCCCGUCCAUUACUCGGACGAGGGAGCGAGGGUUAAAGCAGCCGCUGCCCUCCCCGCCUCGCCCCCCGCGCUUCUGAGUCGGGGCGUCGAAGUGGUUCCCUCCGCCCCUCCCCUCAGUGCUGUGAGGGACCGGAGGCCAGAACUUCCCGAGGUGGGGGGGGGUAUAGCACACCAGGGAGUGCGUGUGAGCCCCGGCACCUCUCCUUUUUGCAAUGUUAUCAUUGGCUUGCACCUCCCUAGGAAAGGUUGAUUCCUCAUUUGCCCUCCUUUCUGUUGCCGCUCGUGAACCCCAUCCUUUUUUUCCUUUCGCCUGCUUCACUUCAGCAGGGGCUUCCUGGAUUUUUCCUUUCUUUCUGGGAGGGAGCCCAGUGUGCUCAGUUUCCAGGGACCGUGGCAGUGAGGGCGUGAUAGAUCCCGGAGUCAAAUUUUAAGUUUGGUUUAUUUGCCUUGGUCCCUUUAAGAGCACUUGCAGCCCAUGUAGUCCCUGCUGUUAGCCCGAACUGAUUCUGCCAGUAGGGUGGGAAGGAAACAGAACAGGCAUCCAUACUCCUUGGUUUGUUUUUGUUGCUUUUCUCACCCAAAGUGAGUCUCCUUCCAUGGCUGGACCAGCUUCUAGUUCCGAAGAAAGCCCUGUGCAUCCCGACUGCCCGGCUGCUUUCCCUGAGGCUCUGCAAGUGAUUCAUCCCAUGACAGCAGACUCUUGGAAAAACUUCAUUGAGCAAAUAGGUAAGACAAACACUCCGGCUGCAGUCGUGUGUGCUACUAGUUACAGUCAAAUGUUCCUCCUUCUGGGAAAGUUAUUUUUCUUUUUCUUUUAAAAUGGUAUUGGAGGUUCUAGUGUGUGCAAAUGAAUCUCACAUGACCUUAGCCCGUAAGUCAUAUUCACCUCAGUAAGACUUAUUACUGCAUAAACAUGUAUAGGAUUGUUGCUGUACUAUAUAUAGCAAAACAUAGAGGGCAGAAGAAGUUGGCUGCCCAUUUCCCACUUUCCAUAAAACUGGAUAACAUUCUUCGUUUUUCUAUGGGUGAAAUUAAUAUGUGUUCAUAUGUCGUUAAGAAACAUAAAACACACCAGAAAUAAAUUUGAGAUCUGUAAAAACACCUUCCCCACCCCAAGGACCCUUGACACUUAUGAGCAGUAUUUUCGGAGGACAAUUUUUCCUCCAAAAAUAGGCCAUCUAAGCAAGAUCAUUUCAGAGCAUUUUUCCUGAACUAUUUAAGGCACCACCAGCAGCAGUAUAUGCUAUCGUUUCUCAUAAAAGAACUGAACUGGCUGUCUUUGUUAGCAUCUUACCAGCUCUCAUCAUCCUUAUGCUUGUUGUUAUCACUUGCAGUGCGGUAGCGUUCAUAUUGGAUGGUGUAAAUAAAGGGAGCUUGUGAAGUGGGGACCAAAGCUUGUCUUUCCAUGACAGCAGUAUAAAAAAAACCCCAUCCCAUUUUACAUUCAAGAAAAUGAUAUCUGGAAUAUCUGAGCAAACUGGUAGCAUAUAUGAAUAGUAAUAUCCUGCUUUUUGAUGAUCUUCUGGUUCCAUACAAUUGUAGAUUUGGAAGGGAUCCCUAAGGAUCAUCUAGUCCAACCCCCUGCAAUGCAGGAAUAUGGAGCUGUCCCGUAAGGGGAUUGAACCGGCAACCUUGGUGUUAUCAGCACCACGUUCUAACCAGCUGAGCUAUCCAUAUCCCUAUAGAGGCAUAAUCAUAUCUUUUCAAUAUUAUGACUUGUUUAUUAGCUCUCUUGAACUUUAUACUGCCUGACCAGCAAAUAGUUAAGGUAUAUGCUUCUCUUUCAGAAAAGAAGCUUUCUUGUAGUCACUUGAGAUAUAUAUAAUUACUGUCUCCAGCCAAAAUCACUAAAGUAUUAUUUUCCCCCAUCCCAUUCCUUUACCAUACUCAUGGUUUUGUUUAAUGCGAAGCAUAGCCUUGAUUAUUUACAAAAAAUAAAUUAUCAGCUUUUGAAAAUAUGUAAUAACAUAGUUCAAGUGGAAUUAUGCAAGUAUAAUUUCACUAGAACAGCACAAUGCAUUUAAGUGUAAUCUCUCAUUUUCAGUUAAGUGUGGGAAGCUAACAGGAAAGUACAUGGUUUCCAAGGUACAGUUUCUCCUACUGCUAUUUUAGUCCCAUUCUGAAUAGUGUUCCAGAAAGAAGCGAUUACUGAAUAUACUUACACUAUGGGAAAAAGCUCGUUCCUUAUACCACUUCCCCAUUAUAAAUCAUGUGCAUUAUCUAAGAUUAUAAGCUAAAUAUAGUUUAGUAUACAGAAAUAUUAAAGUACUUGACACAGAGGUAUGUGAAGCAGUUCAUGAGUUACAAUUUUGAUUUUCUUUACAUUAGGUAAAAUGUAAAAUUGUACUGAAAUAAAUAUACUUUUGAAAAAGUCCAUUCUCUGCUUACUGGAGCUGAAGGGGAAAGCAAUUUUAAAUUGCAUUUAACUUUCAAAUGAAGGGAGUGGCUCACAAGAAAUUAGCACAAACUGGUGUUUUGAUUUAUUUAAAAUAGGAUUUAUAGUUUUAUCUGGUACAAGAUUUUAUUCACCUCUUAUAGGGCAGGCCCAGUGAAAAUCCAAAAUAAAUUUUGUCAAACUGUGGUAUUAUUGAAAUCCCAUAAGAAAUAGUAGGAUUUGGUUAUUAUUGUUAUUAUAUAUUAUUACUAUUUUUGGUGGCCUUGUAUAAUACUAAUUAUGAAGUAUUCCUCAUAUUUCUGCACAACCUGAUGCACAAUUGCAGGAGCAUUCUUGCGCUGCUAAAGUUUGUUUUUUGAAGGUAACGUAGUGUAUUAUGGGAAGACCUUGUAUCUCGUUGCGAAUUGUGGGGUACUACAGGUUUCAUUAUAUAUUCCUUCAUUGUCUACAAGUUGGUGAAGUUGCUGGAUCAGAUCAAGUGACAAUUUGAAAUUAUGUGCUCUCAGUACAGUCAUGUCCCUUGCAUCUGUGACCAGAACAUUGGUUAGCACAAACAAAGAUUGCUUCCAAACUAUGAUUUGCAAAGCCAUUUCAAACCAUGGUUUAAAAUAAUAGUUUAGAAGCAAUUCCUGUUUAGAACUAGCCAAAGUUUGCCCAAUUUAGACAUCACAGCAGGCUACCUUGAAAGGGAAGAACAUAAAAGGCAAAAGAGGGAGAGGACUAUGCACCCAUUUGUCCAGCUCAUUCCUAAUCUCCAAGUUAUACUCUAGAUUUUAGACCAGCAUGACAACUGACCUUGGCCUAAGUUGAGCUGUUCUUAAUUGCUAUUUGGUGGCUUUAGCUAGCAUGCAAUAUUUAGUCCUAGAUAUGUCUAAGAGACUAGAAUAUUGCAGCCUAAAUGGGUGGGUUUUUUCAUGCUCAGAUUGAGCAGCGUAUUUGGGACUGGGGAGAAAAUUUCCCAGGUUGGAUAGGCUAAUGACUCUAAGUUUUGGCUUUUCUUUUGCUUGCAUCAACUAGAGCUAUUUGUUCUGCAGCGAUUUUUCAAUGGCUUGUAUGAUGAUACUGAUUUAAAACACAAUCCUGGGAACUAGGUAUUUGGAAUCACUACUCUAACAUUGUUUCAGAUUCCAGCUUUCCUUUUUCUAAACUGUUCUGGCUGAAGCAGCCAGGAUAUACAAUAUUCAAAAUUUGUGCAUUAGCAACUACUGUUCCUCGAUCAGGACAUGGCUCUGGAGGAGUAGACAUUCAAAGAACAAAUCUGUGUGCUUUGGUGCUUUGUAGGGCUCUUGUAUCAAGAAUAUCGGGAUAAAUCUACACGUCAGGAGAUUGAAACCAGGCGGCUGCAGGAUUCACAGACAGAUGCAGAAGAGUGCACAGCUACUGAAGACACAGCAUCACAGACAGAAGCCACAAAUACCGAAGAAAGCAAGGCUGUUCCCCAGAUAUGCUUGCUCAGGAAUUCCACUUCCAGGUUUAAUUUGUGGCAAGAUCUUCCAGAAGUCAGGAGCAGUGGUGUUCUGAAUAUUCUCCAGCCAGAUGAGAUCAAACAUCAAGAGGUAAUACAACUUCAGGGAAGGGUGGAUGAAAGGAGCAUUGCACUGCUGACAUUUCAGUGGAAAACUCUGUGGGUUGACUCAUUUAAUACAAAAUGACACAGUUUAAUGUUAAUCUCAUUGAUAUUAGUAGAGCGACUGUUUUGUGAAAUCUUUAAUUUACUCUCCUUGCUUUUGAAAAGUCAUGGCCAUCCUGUUUUUUCUCAAUCCCUGCCUGUUUCUGCCUCUAGAACAGGGUUGGGCUGCUAUAGUAACCUUAAUGGAAGACAAAGGGCUAAAGUUGCUAAAACUGAUAAUGCAAGUGUCUUUAAGUUCACCAAAAGCAAUAAAGCAGACAAAAAGGCACGAGAGGACUGUAAUAAACUCUACAGAAGUGUGACUGAAGGACCAUUGGAUUAUCUGUAUAUUCUUCUCCAUGCGUGGAGAUGGAGGCCUUCUCACUGUGGUAUAUAAAAAGCUCUGCUGUCAAUAGGCUGUUAGGGCAAGAGAUGGGCACACUCCCAUUCUUCUGGUACAGCCUUAACAAGCAAGAAAAACUGUACCAGCCCUGAAGGUGGCAUAGCAAUUUUGCUUCCCAUUGAAUGCAAGGGGGGGCAGGGAAUGAAAGAAAAAACCAAAACCAAAACUGAUAACCAGGUACAAAGAAAGAGAGUGAAAGGAAAAAGCAGCCUCUAAAUGUCUGUCCUGGGUGGUAUGGUAUUGAACUUGAACCUUCCCUUUCCUCUUCAACCUCUAUAAGAUUGCUGUUAGGAAGAAAGAAAGAAAUUGCAGAGAUUGCAAAUUAAUUAAAUGCAUCAGUCCUUAUUGUGAAAGAUGUUGGAAGAAGCUCCCUUUCUUUUAUUCAGAAAUGACAGUUUUUAGAUGAACUGAGAAACUAAACCAUAAUUUACUCAUUCACUGGGAGUGGAUGGCUUUCACCAAAGAGUCCUUCAAAAUCUCAAAUGAUAGAAUUGUUGAUCUUAUAAUCAAAAUACUGCACAUAACUUAUCACUUAAUUAUUUAAUAAUUGGGAGGUAAACAAUGUCAUACCGUUUUUUUCAGAAGCAUGCCAGAGGCUCCAGGAAAUUAUUAACCAGUCAGAAAUUUCUGUGUAGAUUGCCUUAAUAGUUAUUUCCACCAAACAUCUAUUCAUUAAUUUUUUUUCAUUUUGGGCUAUGCAGCUUAUAAUCAAAGUAAUAGCAAUAAAAUGUAAGCUAUGCAGCAAAAUAAACAAGACAGAGAGCUAAAAAUAGAGCCAGCCAAGAGAAAAUAAUAGAGCUGUUGAACGUAUACAAGAAAAAUCAUUACUGGGGGCGGGGGGAAUCAAGGGGAAGUUUUAAUGUUUGAUGUUUUACUGUGUUUUUAAUAUUCUGUUGGGAGCUGCCCAGAGUGGCUGGGUCAACCCAGUCAGAUGGGCAGCAUACAAAUAACAAACAAACAAACAAAUAAUAAUGUAGCAAUUUUAAUACCUGGGUGAAAGAUGCAAUUUCCUCUCUUCUGCAUAAUUAUUAAAGGUGCAGAAGCCCUGUUUUGUUUAGUACGUAUUUCACCAGCUGCUAUACAUUGAAGUACAUAUGCUCUUCAAUACGGAAAAUCCAGUGAGCACAUUUGGAAUACUCUGUAUGGAUGUAGUCAUCUGAAAAAGAAUAUUUAGGAGCUGGAGGAAAUACAGUCUGCAGGUUUUUACUGUGGUACAACGAGUGCUGGGCUAAACAGAUCUUUGUUUUGAUCUAAUGUUCUUUGUUUUGAUUCGGUAGAGUCGUUUUAAUGUGUGGAAUCAUACAUAGUGUAAAUGCAGAACAGCACAAUGCAAUUGUUGGGAAUUCAGAAUUCAGCAUCCAGAAUAUUUCAGCUGCUAUCGUGGUUUUUAAAGGAAAUUUCUAAUCUUUAUAGUUGUACACAUACAAAAUAGGCUUAAAAUGGUCAGAGUUCAGCUUUUCUGGGCACAGCAUUUUGGUUACCUUGGUGCAUUAUUUUUAAUGGUGAAGAAUAUGCAUACUUCCACAAGGCACAAAACUGGGGCAGUCACUAUAUACCGUAUGUCCCCAUGGUUGACAUAUAGCUGCAAUCCUAUACGCACUUACCUGGGCAUAAAUGUCAUUGAACUCAAUGAGGGUCAUAUCUGAGUAGUGGAAUAUGACUCUGGUGUUUGUCUGAUGUUAUGCCUUGCUGCCAAAACUGCAGGAUUCCUGCCAUAGGGACCUAUUUUUUUCCUGUUUUUGGCUGAUUUCAUUAAGUCUAAAAAUAGCUGAAGAGUUGUAGGAGUAAUGACAGGCUCCUAGCUCCAAGAAAGGAUUUUAGCUCCCAGGAAAGGUCAACCAUUUCUUAUUUACACUUUGUACGACCAGCCUGAGCGUUAGUAUCAUUUCCUAUUUAGUAAUUCUUAGUCUACAGAUGUUUUAAGUUCAAAAUCUGAGAGCUUUGAAAGGCAGAUAUUAUGGAAUUAAUGAUGGUGAUUAUUUUCUUCGCCUUGCUUUUCAUAACUGGGGCAGAUUGAGCUGAAGUAUGGCUUAAUUUAAAUAGCUUCGUGCCUUAUGCUUGUUUAUAGUAUGUGCUGCAGUUGGAAUAGCAAAUUUUUUAACAAGUCUAUUAAAGUAUAGCAAUUCAAAAUGAAUAGAUGUCAAUAGAGGCAGAAGAGAUGCUAGAGCCAUUUACAAUAAAUAGCAGAGUAAUACUUGUGAAAUAAAUAUGUAUUGUAUAAAUAUACCAAAAAAUGCAACAACCCAAAAACGGUUGUUGAGGUGUUGAUAUUAUUUUAAAAAACAAAGUUUAAAGAUUUUUUAAGAAGGGGGGAGAACUUGACAUAGAAGUAUCCUUUUCAGUGACAUCAUGCAUAACAUGUUCCAGCCUAAUGCAUAUGUCAGUCAAGAGACGUGGUUAUACAGGUCCAACUUUUUUCAAGGCCAUUAACUUAAGACACUGUGAUGGUCCACAAAGAACAAUGAAACUAGAAUGGUGGCCUAUAGCAACUUUUAACAAAUUUUUGUUCUAGAUCAGUUGGCAUAGGCAAACUGGGUCCUCCAGAUGUUUUGGGACUACAACUCCCAUCAUCCCUAGCCAACAGGACCAGUGGUCAGGGAUGAUGGGAGUUGUAGUCCCAAAACAUUUGGAGGGCCGAAUUUGCCUAUGCCUGUUCUAUCUAGGACAUAAGAGCUUCCUAGGAUGGAGGAUGAGGGCUGCUUUUUGUUUGGUGAGGGGGAAAGAGCCAACUUUGAAAAAGAGCUAUUGCAACGAAGUACAGUAAUCAAGGGUACUGUUUAAGGUUUCAUAGGGAGGUGCACAUAGCGAUAUGGGAAGUGGGUAAGAUUCACAGCAAGGUGCAAAGGUAUAUAUUCAUAAUUCAGGAUUAAAUUAAAGUUAAAAGCAUUUGUGUUUUUUUAAAAUAUAUUUUAUUAAUUUAAGAUACAUACAUAUAUGAAAAAACAGACGGACAAACAAGUAAACAAACAUACAAACAAACAAACAAACAACAAAAGAAUCAAACAAACCACCACACUAUAAGAUACAUCAAGAUAAUUAUAACACUCAUCAUAUAUACUCCUGGUACUGAAAUCAAUUAUAAAACUUAUAGAGAAGAAAAUUUAAAAUGACUUCUAAGCAUUUGUUAUUUUUUAUGCCUCAUAAUAACCAGAUGUGGUUGCCAUAUGUAAUCUGGCACAUGUACAGGGGAGCUGACCCAAAUGUUGGCCCUAAUGGCAACAAGAAAGGUUCUGGCUACUCUGAAAUGGGUCAGCAUUGAGUCCAAGUGGUACAUUGACAGCACUGGCACAAGGAGGCUCUGGAACUGACUGAUUAAAAUGAUGGGAAAUGAGGUUUUUCUGGAGUGGGGUGGCAGUUUGCUUUCAAGCCUCUUGUAUCCUAUCCCACUAGAGAGUGCUGACAGCUUCUAAUACUGCAGCUGCUGGGAACUAUCUACCCUUGUUUUACGCAGGGUGGCAUUGAAGCAAUUGUGGCUCAGGCCUUUAUGCGUACUGCAGCAACUACAGAACGAGACAGAAUUGGUGUGCCCAACAAAGAUUUAUACCUAAAACAGUACAGGCCAUUCUUAAAGCAACAUAGGCAAAUUUUGGUUGAACAAUGCUAAGAAAAGGGAAUUAUAUAAGUGUUCUAAGUUAUAAAGCAUCAAAAGACCAUAGGCAACAAAAAAUGAAUUGGAAUGGAUGUUGUGUCCUCAAGCGAUGGAAAAAGUAAACUGCUUAGAAAGUAAGUGAUAAAGUUAUUUUGAAAAGGUUGACAGAGGUGAAUAUCACUAUCCAUAUUAGAUGAAAUAGUGAAAUAUGCAAAAGGCUGAAAGACUUGACUACGCAUCUGUAAAGCAAGCAAGCAAAUGUUUGCUAGUACAGUGUUCCUGAAUCUAGAUCUGGAUCACCAUAUUUCUGUUUUUAAGCCUGUCCAAACAGGUUUUGGUGUGAGACAAAGCAGGGGGAAUUAGGGAUAUAGGUUUCCAAUAAACACAAAUGCUGGUUCUAAUUGAAAAUUAGAAAAACUGCACAAGAUACUGGGCUGAAAAAUUGAAACUGCUAGGGGUUAUAAGGAAGGAAAAGGAAAACAAAUGGAAUACUGAUAAAAAUGGCUAUAUCACUGAUGGAUAGCUUUAAUUAUCUAAACAUCUGUUGAGAAUGAAUCACCAAUGUCAUUCUUGAGCUAUAUCGAAAAUAAUUGAAAGAUGCAGAGGAGACAAGCCAGAGAGAAGACAUUACUCAGGUUCUUGUACUGGUCUAGCAUGGAGAAUGUGACUGUAAUGGAGAAGACUUGGAACAACUAUCUAGCAAUUAUAAGAAUUCAUAAAUGUAUUACUAUAUCGUAAAAAUACUUAUUCAUGAUGAUGCUAAGCACUGAGCUGUUCAAAGCAGUGAGUGAGCUUGAAGGCCAAGAACACUUCUUUUGGCAAUUCUAAAUAUGUUUCUUCCUUCUUGGUGAUUUUAGUCUUAAUACUUUGUUGUACCCUAUUCCAGUUCACAUCCAAACUCUGGUCUUUGCUGUGUGCUUUGAUUUAAAACUUAGUCUCAUCCUGGACUUGCAGCAUUAUUUUUUCCUGCCACAGAGGAUUAUCUUUGGAGGAACACAUACAUAAGAUACUUCACCAGAGUGAAAAUCAAAAUAGAUUUUUGCAGGGAAGUAUGUGAAAAUGAGGCUACUAACAAAGACUUUCCCUCCUACAAAAGUCAUGUGCAUUUUCCACCAGUAUUUCACUACAGAAGACAAAUGUUAUGUAAGAAUUGGAACUUAAAUGUUACAUUAGGAGUUGGUCUUCCUUUGCUGCUUUUUCAUGACUGAGUGCAGUUAUGCAAGAAACUGAUUAAUAUGAACAUUUAUUGAACGUUUUUGGAAGACAAAACUAUUAGGGAAAAUUGAUAUAUUCAAAAUGUUGCUUGCAGUGUUGUACCACAUUUUUUGCACACCACUAUUUGUUGAAGUGGAAAGUCGGGUGUCAAAAGCUGUUUUUUAAAUACCCUCCCUUGGUUGGGUUUUUUUUUUUUUUUUAGUUUUGGCACUAUUUUUCCACUAGCAAACACGAUAAUGACGCAGCACCAUAAAGCCUGUCAGAUUUAGCUGUGUGACAAUGUCACUGACAAAGUCUUUGCAGUGCCGUCACUGAUUGGAGAGGAAAGAAGGAAUGAAUCCCUGUUGUUGCCAAGGAGAUUGGCAAAAUUCACAUUCCUUGCUGUGCUCAGUUUUGCCUCUGCCCCCCCCCACUGGCAUGUGGCCCCCAGAAUGUGGUGGCCCAGGAAGGAAUGUGGUCCUCGUGUUCCCCACCCCGUUACAAUAUCUUCUGCACAAUUAGAAAAUUAAGUAUUUCAGGUAGCAUACUCAAGUUUCAACUCUUUAGAAAAAGCAUUCUGAGGUGGUUGUGGUUGUUUUAAACUUACAUGUUCUGAUUCAGCUGUAGCUGUACUUUGAUUAGCAACUCCAGAUGGGAUGUUCAGUCCCAUCUGCAUCAAUUCUGCACCCCAAAGUUCGUUGUCAUCCAGAUCCAUAUGGUGUGGUCUGGCUUGGUAAUCGGGGUGGUAACUCUAUAGAGCUGUGAGCUUUUGCCCUGUGACUAUGAAUACUAGACUUGCCUACCUGUCACUGAGGCUUUCAGAGCCUUCACUUAUAUUGUGCAUCAUUCAUGUAAAAUUUUGGAAUUCUUCUGCAGGCCAUGUUUGAACUGGUUACCUCAGAAGCUUCAUAUUAUAAGAGCCUGAACCUUCUGAUAUAUCACUUCAUGGAAAAUGAGCGAUUGAAAAAGAUUCUACAUCCUUCAGAGGCUCACAUCCUCUUCUCCAAUGUCCUAGAUGUCAUGGCAGUCAGUGAGCGGUAAGGCUUUUAGUGAUUAAUAUGUGUAGGAAUUAAAUCUCAAUUUUGUUGUUGCUGUCCCUGGGGAGGCAUAGGUGGGGCCUGUUCGUGUUUUCAGCUUCUGUAAAUUAUCUUUAUAAGUUAAUGUCUCCCCUUUUAUACUGUAGAGAAAUGUACCAUUGUCCAUAACUAUACAGUGGUACCUUGGGUUACAGAUGCUCCAGGUUACAGACGCUUCAGGUUACAGGCUCCGCUAACCCAGAAAUAGUACCAUGGGUUAAGACCUUUGCUUCAGGAUGAGAAUAGAAAUCGCGCGGCGGUGCUGCGGCUGGAGGCCCCAUUAGCUAAAGUGAUACCUCAGGUUAAGAACAGUUUCAGGUUAAGAACGGACCUCCAGGACGAAUUAAGUUCUUAACCCGUGGUACCACUGUACUGACUUAAACAGCAUCAUUGUUGAAUCCCAUACAUAAUCCUUUAUUUUGAACCAAAAGCGAUUACAUAUAAAAGGCCUUAAAAUCAGAUGGAAACACAGUUCCCUCCCUAUUAUAGGGAGGUGAUUGUCCUGGGUGGAAGAUGUGUGGGUGUCAUCGUAGUGAGCUGCGAAUUUGACUGAUCACUGCUGCUCUUCAGCAUUACAGUCAUGCAGCCUUGCCUCCCAUUUCAGUCCAGUGCUGCAGGCCUCUCAGAGCAGGCAAGAUAUAAAGGAUGCCAGGAUCAGAGGCCCAAGCAUGUGUUGUGUCAUAUUCUGUCCUUCUCACCUUUCUUUGGUAAAUAGUAAUGCCUAGGUAUGUACUCAUUUUGUGUUGUGGUGACUGGAUAAAUAUGCCAGGGAGAAAAUAGAGUACAACUGAUCCUUCACAUAGCAACAACAGUGUCAUUGUUAUUAUUUAGGUUUGUCCUCAUUUUUGGCAUGAUAGGUUUUGUGGGAAAUCUCACCCUUUUCAGGGUGAGAAUUCUGUGCAUACAAAUUCUGUUAAUGUCUUCAUUAAUAUAUAUUUUCCGUGUAUAUUUUGCUAGUUAGUUGAGGACUAAAUUAAUUUCAGAUCAGUGCUGAAUUAGAGACAAGCCAUAUUAUUUAUUGUUGUUAUGGCAUGCAAAAGGCAAAGGACCCCUGGACGGUUACGUCCAGUCAAAGGCGACUAUGGGGUUGCGGUGCUCAUCUCACUUUCAUGCUCCAGGAGCUGGCGUUUGUCCACAGACAGCUUUCUGGGUCAUGUGGUCAGCAUGAAUCAACCGCUUCUGGCGCAACGGAACACCGUGACGGAAACCAGUGCUCAUGGAAACGCCAUUUACCUUCCUGCUGCAGCAGUACCUAUUUAUCUACUUGAACUGGUGUGCUUUCGAACUGCUAGGUUGGCAGGAGCUGGGAGAGAACAACGGGAGCUCACCCCAUCAUGGGGAUUCGAACCACCGACCUUCUGAUAGGCAAGCCCAAGAGGCUCAGUGGUUUAAACCUCAGUGCCACCCACGACAUGCAUACCACAGUCACUUGCAUGCAUUUUUCUACAUGCUUAUUCCCUUCCUCACCUAUACAUAGGAAAAAGCUACAUUCUCUUCCUGGAAAUCAGGCAGUUUCUGUCUCAUGUAUACAUUUAACUUAAGAAGAGCCUGCUGGAUCAGGCCAAUGGCUCAUCUAGUCCAGCAUCCUUUUCUCACAGUGGCCAACCAGACACCUGUGGAAAACCAGCAAUCAGGAUUCAAGUACAAGAGCCCUCUCACCAUCUGUGGUUUCCAGCAACUGGUAUUCAGAAGCAUAGCUGCCUCCAAUUGUGCAGGGCAGAACAUAACUAUCAUAGCUAGUAGCCAUGGUGUGUCUACAAAAGUGUACACAUAUAGCCACAUAUCUCCCAUUUUGCCUGAUCUCUGGGGUGGGGGGGGGGAGGAAUAAAAAUUUCCUUCAUAAAAUGUCAUUGCCAAGGAUUAAUCAAUAACUAUUUUAAACUACGUGAAAUUCUCCACAAUUCCCCUAGAGGGUAGCAUGUCUCACUCUGAGAAGCCGGUACAAGAUCAAAUUAUUGUUGACGUCGUACCACUUAUUAGUUAGACCUCUUCUAUUAAAAUAGAAUGAAAAUAACUGGACUGGUCUCAAAACUGAUAGCCAAAGAUUAGCUUGGUUGAUACGCUCUCUGAGUUUUGGAAAAACUAGCAGAAUUAAUUUUGAACUAAAUGCUUCAUUUGGUUCAUAGCCAAAAGUAUUUCAGAAUCAUUUUUUUUAUCUAUAAAAAUAAAAAGAGGGGAAAUGGAAUGUGGCAGAAGCCUCUAUUUUAAUUAUUUGUGUUUGUUGGCUAUGUCUGUUGCGGACACUGAUGUCAAUGAUUAAUUCUGGGUUUCUUAUUUAGUUUCCUCUUGGACCUUGAGAAGCGAGUAGAAGAGAACAUUGUGAUCUCAGAUGUCUGCGACAUUGUCUAUCAGCACACCAUUAAUCAUUUCUCGGUGUAUGUAACCUAUGUCUCCAACCAAACCUACCAGGAGAGAGCUUAUAAGCAACUUCUGUGAGUGCAAUUAUUCAGUCAUGGCUUGCUUAGUAAAACCAAUCAACUGAGAGUGACCAAUUAGACAACAGAUGCCAAAUGGUUUAGCACACCGGGGCGGGGCGGGGGAAGAAUUUUCACCCAUGCUUAAUAGAAACUUUUCUCAAAAAUGUGCUUGGGUGUUCACAGUGUAAUCCCAUUGCCCACUGGAAAGGAGAUAACUAGGCAGAAAGCUGGGAUUUGGUAUGCAAUCAGUUGUGAGUUAUUUUUGUCAUUUUGCACAAUUUUCAAACAUGCAUCUUCCACUGGGUGACUAUGUCUAACUGUUAUAAAUGAUCUAUUGCACUGGAAGGAUAGUUCUGGUUGAUGCCAUCCUUACAAGACAAAUGUAUGAAAUUAUCCAUAGUUGUGUCUGUUCUAAUGGUUUUCUAUUGGGCAAGAUCGUUUUGAAGCAUGUGAAUGCAUUUAUGGCAUGUGCAAUUUGUCUAAAGAUUUUUCAGUGUUGAACUGCCAACCUUUUAUGUCCCCCUUGCUUAUGAUGAAGUGGAAGCAAUUUAAAAUUACAAUCCACUUACAAUUUAUUUCAGCAACCUCACUUCCUCCAAGUUCCAUUCAAAGCCUUAAAAAAAAAAAAGUGAAAAGAGGCAAAGUUUCUUACAAUAAAGGGAAUAAUUUCUGAUCUGUAACAGAUUUCAGAUGUGAAACUCCUGGAAUUCUUACUUAAAGCUAAGCUUGCUCUUUGAAUAAUGAAGAAUCUUGAGCAGUAUGAUCCUGUGCAUGUUUUUAUUCAGAAGUCUUACUGUAUUCAGUACUGUUUACUCCCACCAAGUAAAUGUGCAUAGAAUUGCAGCCUUUCUCCUUGCCAGUGCAAUCCUGUGUAUGUUUACUUGGAAGUAAAUCUCACUCUGUUCAAUGGAACUUACUCUCUAGUAAGUGUGUUUAAGUUUAUAGUCUAAAAAUUAAAAAUGCUCAUUUAUUACAGUCCUUGUGUCACGUGUAGCUGAAUUGAAUUAGGGAAUCUGCUUCGGACGUUUUCAUAAUUUAAAUUUAAUGAUAGUAGUCUGCUAGGAUUUGUAAUGAGUCUUCUCAAUGUACCCACAUUAUAUAUUUGGUUCCUUUGCAAAGGAGAAUAAGGGGACUGGAAGCCUCCAAAGCAUUAAGAUAAAAAUACUUUAAAAGGAUCAUGAAAGCUGGGAAAUGUUUAGCUGCUUACUUGAAUGCUCUGAAUGUUUCAGAAUUUUUCCACUGUUUAGCUCAGUACUUUUUCUUUUUCAUGUUUAUUUUGACCACUUUGUUUCUUCUGAGAAAGUGAGUAGAGUUAAGUAAGCUACAAUUAUUCUAGUAAGGUGAGGAAAAAACCUAAUAACUCAUGCAAUUUAGUCUUUCCUAGCUUUCACUGUAUAGAUAGAAUUUUAAUAUGCUCAAAGGAAGAGAGAUAAAUCCUUAAACGAAUUAAUUCCCCAUAGAAGCAGACCUUGGCGACUGCUUCUAACCAGCAGCUAGGCUGUUUUAUGAAUGCUAGGAAACGAUAGCAAUCUUGCUCCUUUUCUUCUCCUCGCCAUUGAGUCUUUGUUCUCGCUAAAAGAACUCCUAGUCAAUUAUUUAAUAGUAGGUGACUAGAUCAGCAUACUUAGAGGUCUGUGAUGACAAAGGAUUAGAAUCCCAUUUGCCUUCCGUUUGACAGACUGAAUAUAGAUAACACUGGAAAGGAAGUAUGGUGGAGAAGAAGGUGUCAGUAAAACCAAGCAUAGGCUUAAAAGUUAGCAUAGUGCAAGUGCUUCAGCACUCUUUGACAUCCCGGUCAAGGCACUGAAAGACAAUGAAUUGAUUUUCAAAUUGUGACUGUGAGAGGCACCAAUCUACUAUUGGGAGCAAAGCAGACAUUCACCUGUGUUCCACCAUUAAUAGAAGGCAGUGGCACAACAGGACAGGAAUAUGGAGUCAGCUUUAACUCUUUCAGGAAAAGCUAAUGUAGAAGUUUGGUUCAGUAUUUUCUCAGUCACAUAUGUGGUGAAUGGUCAUACCAUUCUCAGUCCAAGGCUAGUUCAAUUGCUAGUUCCAUUCUUUCCUCCCUCUGCUCCAGAAAAUAAAACCCUCACCUGGACCACACUAGGAACAGCAUCCUCAGUGGUUAUUGCUAUGCUGUUAACAGUCUUGUGUGCCUCAGGACCACAAUAUCUCAAGGGCUGCCUCUCCCCACAUGAACCCAGCAUUCAUCAUUGGAGGCCCUUCUUCAUGUGUUUCCUCUGAGGGGAGAUGUGGAUGGAGGCAACAUGAGAACAGGCAUUUUCAGUGGUGGCUCCUUGCUUGUGGAAUGCUCUGCCUAGGGAGGUACUCCUGGCACCAUAAUUAUUUAUUGUUAGGUGCCAGGCAAAAAGAUUUAUUCCCCCUAGACUUUCAGCCCUUAAUUUCGAGUGUAUUAGGCAUACUUGUGCCCUCUUUGUUUCUUAUUUUGUAGUGGGGUGUGUUAUAUUGGACCUUCCUUUUUAUAUUUAUUAUGGCUAGGGUUUCAUUUCAUUUCAUUUUUUUCAUACUUGGUUUCAGUGUUCGUAGAUUUUCUGAGUUGCUUUAGGUCACUUCUCAUGAAAAAAGCAACUAAUAAAUGCAAUAAAUAGAGCUGGGGUCUGAAUGUGGCCUGAGUUGUUUUAUCAUGCUGGUGCUCGGACCUGUAUGCUUCUUCCUAUGAACUGUGCUAAUUAAUCAUUUGUGGGUAUGGGGCUGUUCCAGAAGCUUCUAAAUAUUUGGUAUUAGUUAUGAAUAUUGGUAUUAGUUCCCUCACAUUAAUAGCCUUUUUGUCAGUGAGAAACCAAAUAAUCUGCGCUAAAGAGUGUGUGCCUUUCUGUAGCACUGAAUUCACACUAGCUGUAGCUGUGACAGAUCCUGGCAGUUCUCCAGUAGUCUGAGAUGCUUCCAGUUUAUGCCAGAUAAGUUUUUCCUCUUGUCAUUUCCAGCUAGGCCUACCUCGGUUAAAUCACUUGAUGGAAGGCCUUGUUCCUAUGACUAUAUGUAUUUCACCUUACUGCAACAAUCCAACUGUGUAAAGAUAUAUAAUUAUGUCUCUGACUCAUCUACUUGGACACACACCCCAUUCACACCCACCCACACACACAGCAUAUGCUGCUAAGUUUGUAUGUGCUACACAUGUAAAAGCAUUACUCUGGCUUGCACAUUAAAAGCCUAUUUCUCCAUUCCCAAAUACUAUUAAUAGACCCAACUUUAAACCAAAAUCCACUUAGUGCUAAUAUGCCCCUCCCCCAAAUUGUAAAAAAACCGAGAACAAAGCCAAAUUCCAACCCUGAGGGGAAGGUAGUGUUGUGAAAAUUAAAACACACAUAGAACAUGUCGGUUACUCACACAAGUUUAAAACUGAAUGAAAUAACAAAACACCACUCUCCAUCUGUCUCUGCUGUCAGCCAGGACAAGCCAGCUUUCCGGGAGGUGAUCUCACAUUUGGAACUGGAUCCGAAAUGCAAAGGCCUGCCUUUCUCAUCGUUCUUGAUUUUGCCUUUUCAAAGGAUCACAAGGCUGAAGCUGCUGGUACAGGUAUAACAGGGUUUUACUCUUCCCAUAUAUCAGUACCACCUUGCCAUGUCUUAAAGUGAGGUCACUGAGAGACUGAAGAGCUUUAAUGGGGAGGGAAAAGCCACCAAGGAACAUUCCUUGUGGGUAAUAAUAAUAAUAAUAAUAAUAAUAAUUAUUUAUUUAUACUCUGCCCAUCUGGCUGGGUUUCCCCAGCCACUCUGAGCGGUUUCCAACAGAAUAUUAAAAUAUAAUAGUCUCUUAAACAUUAAAAGCUUCCCUAACCAGGGCUGCCUUCAGAUGUCUUCUAAAAGUCUGGUGGUUAUUUUUCUCUUUGACAUCUGGUGGGAGGGCGUUCCACAGGGCAGGCGCCACUACUGAGAAGGCCCUCUGCCUGGUUCCCUGUAACUUGGCUUUUCACAGUGAGGGAACCGCCAGAAGGCCCUCAGCACUGGACCUCAGUGUCCGGGCAGAACGAUGGGGGUGGAGACACUCCUUCAGGUAUACUGGACCGAGGCCGUUUAGGGCUUUAAACGUCAGCACCAACACUUUGAAUUGUGCUUGGAAACGUACUGGGAGCCAGUGUAGGUCUUUCAAGAAUGGUGUUAUGUGGUCUCGGUGGCCACUCCCAGUCACCAGUCUAGCUGCCGCAUUCUGGGUUAGUUGUAGUUUCCGGGUCACCUUCAAAGGUAGCCCCACAUAGAGCGCAUUGCAGUCGUCCAAGCGAGAGAUAACUAGAGCAUGCACCACUGGCGAGACAGUCUGUGGGCAGGUAGGGUCUCAGCCUGCAUACCAGAUGGAGCUGAUAAACAGCUGCCCUGGACACAGAAUUGACCUGCGCCUCCGUGGACAGCUGUGAGUCCAGAAUGACUCCCAGGCUGCGCACCUGGUCCUUCAGAGGCACAGUUACCCCAUUCAGGACCAGGGAGUCCUCCACACCUGCCCCCUCCUGUCCACCAAAAACAGUACUUCUGUCUUGUCAGGAUUCAACCUCAAUCUGUUAGCCGCCAUCCAUCCUCCAACCGCCUCCAGACACUCACACAGGACCUUCACCGCCUUCACUAGUUCUGAUUUGAAAGAGAGGUAGAGCUGGGUAUCAUCCGCAUACUGAUGAACACCCAGCCCAAACCCCCCUGAUGAUCUCUCCCAGCGGCUUCAUGCAGAUGUUGAAAAGCAUGGGGGAGAGGACAGAACCCUGAGGCACCCCACAAGUGAGAGUAUAGGGGUCUGAACAUUCAUCCCCCACCACCACUUUCUGAACAUGGCCCAGGAGGAAGGAGCGGAACCACUGUAUAACAGUGCCCCCAGCUCCCAGCCCCUCUAGAAGGUCCAUAUGGUUGAUGGUGUCAAAAGCCGCUGAGAGAUCCAGCAGAACUAGGAAACAGCUCUACCUUUGUCCCUAGCCCACCGGAGAUCAUUGACCAGUACGACCAAGGCAGUUUCAGUCCCGUGAUGAGGCCUGAAUCCUGACUAGAAGGGAUUCAAAUGGUCCGCUACUUCCAGGCGUGCCUGGAGUUGUUCAGCAACCACUCGCUCAAUCACCUUGCCCAAGAAUGGAAGAUUUGAGACUGGGCGAUAGUUGGCCAUAUUGGCCAAAUCUAAAGAUAGUUUUUUAAGAAGCGGUUUGAUAGCCGCCUUUUUCAGCGGGUCUGGGAAGGCUCCCUCACAGAGGGAAGCAUUCACCACCCUGCGAAGCCCACCGCCCAGCCCUUCCUGGCUAGCUUUUAUAAAGGAAAUGUAUCCUUUUAUGCCCAUAAUGUAAUUGUCAAGAAGAAUUUGCCUCCUCUCUCCAUUUUUCUACAUGUGUUCAAGUAGAGCCUGUUUAUGGAAAUGUAUAAUAACAACCUUCCUUCAUCUUGUACAGAAUAUCCUGAAGAAAGUGGAGGAAAAGUCUGAACGUGAAAUCACUGCCCUUGAGGCUCACAAGGAACUGGAAACAGUAAGUCUCAUCUGCCUUGUCAGAAUAUUCAGGAUUUUUCGGAGCAAAUGGGACUUCUUCUCUUCCUCUGUGCCCCUCCCAAAGUUGCUGGCCAUUGCCAUUCAAAUGGUGUGUGUGCGCCGUGUCAUGUGAUUGAUUAUGCAGGAUGGGGUUUACCUGCCUCCCAGUAUUUUAUUUAAGUUGGCACCCCUGCCCUCGCCAUGUGUUUUGAAGAAUCCCCCUACCCUCCAGAGUGGAUUUGGGGGUGGGACAUGUAGGAAAAGGAGAGGGAGAGGUAGUCCCACUGUGCAGGCAUUAGUCCUUGCGUUAAUAGGAUGACUUUGAAUUUAAUGCUUAAUCAUAUGUAUCUGGUAUAUGAGGACAUAUCUGGAAGAAAAUAUCCAAGGAAGAGUUGCCUCAGAUUUCAGAGAGCAAAAGCUGUAGUCAGACACUUGAAGGUGAUAGAUUCCACAGAGAGCAGUGAUUUAAUUAGCUGCCACCUGAAGCAGACUGUUAGUAGGUCAGACUUUAUCCAAGAGUACAAACUUAUUUUUCUGACCCAAAAUCACGUGUGCCAUAAUAUACCUUUUUAUUAGUGCUUCAGCUCCUUUUGAACUCCAUUUCUACGAGGCUUCUUAUCAUGUGUGUUGCCUGUCUAGUUAUAUAUUUUGAGGUUAGGCCAAGUACAGUAUACUUUUAACAUGAGUCUGAACCAGUCUUACCACAUGCAGGGGAUUGCAUCAGCCCACAUAAAGAAGCCACCCAACUUCCAUUGUCCCUGCAUGUUCGCAUGGAGACAGAAGAUCUUCAUACAGCCAAUGCACCUAGACCAAACUCAUAUGAUUAAUCCCAUGGAAAUAAUCUGGAAUGGGCCACACAAAUGUUUACUAUACUUGGUAUACUCACAAAUGCAAUUAGAGAGGCAACACACAAAGAUGGUAAACACAUGUUCCCCUCCAUGAAGUGGGCCAGAUCAUAACUCCAGUCCAGUGUCAUUGGGAUCAAGUGGAUCCUGAUUCCUCUUGAGCCAAGUUUUAGUGGACCCUCAUUUUCUAUCUCUAUCUGUCUGCUGAAUUACAUAGGCCCCAGUUUCAGACAUGAGCCUAGUAGAAUUGUUCCUGAGUCUUCAAUGGUGCAGCAAGCUGGGGUGGGAAGCCACUUGGAAAUGCACUUCAAAGUGAAGGCAAUGCCUUUACCUUCCUUCCAUCUGAUGUCACAAAUUAUGCCAGGGGUGGGGCAGAUGGACGUGGUUUAGGGAAAACUAUAUUGUGAGCUAAAUUAGGGCCCCUGCCCCUCCCCCGGCCCUGCUGUGAGGCUGCCAAAAUGUGAUGAUGUCAUCAGCAGUUGAUAGCACAAAUACCUCUAGGAAUGUGAAACACAACCUGCUACAUUGUUGAAAGCUUCUGAAUUUGUGAUAGAACUGACCAGUCAAGUAAAUCUGAGUUCCAUUCCAUUUUGGCUUGGUUCCACCAUUAGGACUAUAGUAGAAUUUGAAAGCUUCUCUAGGGUUUAAAUUAAAUCAGAAAUGUCUUGGCUGUAUAAAACUAUGAAAUCCACUGAGCUACAGCCAUUUCUCUUUCUAACCAGGAACCAAAGUAAGUAUUAGUAAGCCUCAACUCAGGUGAUUCUUGCUUACUAUUUUAUUAAUAGUAAUUAAUAAUAAUUACUUAUUAAGUAAUAAUAGAGUGGGAACCUAUUCCCCUUCAUCCGUGGGUGCAUGUCCCCCCUUAUUUUACUGGGGUGAACAAUGCUUUGAUUUCCUUCACAUGAGGUUGAGCUAAUGCCUCGUCAGUGACACUUACUUUGACGUGAACAAGUUUAUUAUUAAAAUCUUGUUGAUGUUGCACUUUUAUUUACAGAACCACUUCUGAAUGAAGUUAAACAUGCUUUUCUACUUCCACCUCAUUCAAUCUGUUCUCAUUGGGGUUCCAAUUUUCAACCCUGAGACAAGGAAUCGUGUUUCUGAUAUACUCUCAUUUCUUGGUCUCUUCUAGGUGGUGAAGGCAUGCAACGAAGGCGUCAGGAAGAUGAGCCGUACAGAACAGAUGAUCAGCAUCCAGAAAAUGCUAGAAUUUAAGAUCAAGGUAAACAUGUAGGCUAAGUUCUAAGGAGAGGAACAGAUAUAUGUUACAGGGCAAAAUCAUUGAUGAAUUUAGCAAAAUGGUUGCCCCUAAUGAUUAUAUUAAACAAUCACUGAUCUAAUUUAGUCAGUCCUAGCUUUGGUACCCUUUUUUAAUGCAAGUCAGGGUUCAGUCUGCCUGGCUGCUUUACCAAGUUGCCUGGCUACCCAUGUUUCCUGCUCCACUGACUGGAUCAUGCAGAAUGCGUGCAGUGAUUAUGCGUGCUGAGCCAUUCCUAGUCACUUGUAUUAUUUCUAACUCAGUGCUGACUAAUAUAGCUCUGUGGAGCUCUCCUCCAGCUCCUUUAUCUGUUUUUUAUUUGUAUAAUUUUCUUACGAGUGCUGCAGGCCAGCUGUGUGGUGUGAAUUUUGUUUAAAUUAACCUAAAGAGGUUCUUGAGGCAAGAUAUGUCAAAACAUAUCCCACUCGUCAUUAUUGUCCUUUUGCUUAGAAUGAGACUUCAAAGUUUCCAAUGGAUAAUUUAAUUUCCUUUGAUGAUCUGCAACGACCAUGUAUUUUGUUCUCAUUAUAUACAUCUUCAGAGAGCCAACUUUUAAUGUUACUUUUAUUAAGUAUUUCACAGGUUAAUAGGAGGAAAAGGGGGGAAUAUGAGCAUGCCAAAAAGUUAUAACUUUUACAAUAAAGAAAAGACAGCAUGCAGUUGGCUGCUGUUGUUAAACUUCUCAUUGCUGUGUUGAACAAACACUAUCCACAAAAUUAUCUGCUUGGCAUUACUCCCUGAGCCUGAUAUAAUUUGUAAUUUUGGCAAUCUCGGCUAUUCGCAGAUCCUCUUUAAACAGAUUUUAAGCCAAGGAGUGACAGCUUUUUUGAAAUUCACUGCUAAACUAAUUUUGGCUAUGCGCAGAUGAUUUGUAGUAAGUUCUGGGUCACAUCUCUGUCUUUCCCUUCAGGUCAUACUGGGUCUAAUAGUGUUUCAUAUACUUUAAUUCAUAUAUUUUUAGUUGAAUCUUCUCUUCCAGUACCUUGCCUGAUAGAUACUGCUGAAUAGGAACGAAGUCGUAUUCUUCUCUUUAUAUAUGAACGAAGUCCUCUGCAAUAAAGCCAGACUUUGACAAAAACCACUUUCUCAUAUUUUGGUAUCUUAAAGGGAUGCUAAAUACUGCUGAUCAACAUUUUACAUUUUCCCCCCAGUUGACAGACACAAAUUAAUUUUAAGAGAACAUUGACAGUUGCUGGAAACCCCAGGAGAGGAUAGUGCUUUUGUGUUUAUGGUUUCCCCACUGGCAUCUGUUUGGCCGCUGUGAGAACAGGAUACUGGAGUCGAUGGGCAGGCUCUUAUUAGGUUCAACCUGGAUCCAUAGCUUCUGUAUAGUCUAUUUUUAAAGCUUUCCUUUGCAGUGAAUUCAGAGGGAUUGCCAUAAGAUGCUAUGUUGUAGUGCUCCUGAUUAUUAUUUUAUUUCCUUUGUUAGUCUGUGCCCAUCAUCUCUCACUCCCGUUGGCUGCUAAAGCAGGGAGAACUGCAGCAAAUGAAUGGCCCCAAAACAUCACGUACCCUCCGCACAAAGAAACUCUUCAGAGAAGUCUACUUGUUCCUCUUCAAUGAUUUGCUAGUGCUCUGCAGACAAAUAUCUAGGUGAGUUUGAAACAGAGAGGAACAGAAUUUGAGCUGUACUAUGUUUAUUCAGCCUCAGUUGGCUCAGUCUCAAUCCUGCCAGAGAUAGUUUCUGAUUGUUAAUUUAAUCUAUUGAUGUGCUGCCCAAGCAGCUGUAGACGAAUUUUCAGCACUCAUAGUAAAGAAUUAAGCAAAGGCGGAUGUUUAUUCUGUUGUUCUGGGUUUUUAAAAUAGACAAUUCUUUACCUUUGCGUCCCGUUCCCCCUUCAAAUUGUUAGGCAAGGACUAAAGCAGGGGUGAAGAGCUUGUGACUCUGCAAAGGCUGUUGGUCUCAGCCAGCAGGGACACUGGUCAAGGUUGAUGUCCAACAACAUCUGGAGAUCACAUGUUCCUCAUCUGUAGAAUAAAGAUACGAUGCAUUCUGUCCUUGAGAAGAGAAAACUUGCAUCAGAGGAGGGUCGUGAGGGAAGUGCGUGCCUAACUUUCCCCUUUCUAAUCACUUCAUGUUUGUAAAAAAAAAAAAAAAGGACCAUGGAACACUGGCAGGGGGUUAAACAGCUGGCUUGGGGGAAGUUUCAGAAGGAAGUAUAUGACUCAAGAAGAGUUAACCCCUCCUUUCUCUGCUGUCCUUUUUCAGAUGCAAAUAAUCUCUUCCUGAGCAUGCUUAGCAAGAUUUUGUUAUCCCCAGAUAACAGUUUCAGGGGUAGUUUACUCCUUCAACACUAAGCCAUACAUUCUUCAGAAAGAAUAUUUUGCCUAUGAGAAAUGUAAUCACCUAUUUCUCUGCCCCAUCUUUUAGGCCCUGCUUAUACCCCAGCCUAGGCUAUAACUAGUGUUUCUGACACCUUUCUUUUCUCUCUCAGUGACAAAUAUCAGGUGUUUGACUCUGCACCCCGAGGACUUCUACGGGUGGAGGAGCUGGAAGACCAAGGGCAGAGCUUGGCAAAUGUCUUCAUCCUGAGACUGCUGGAAAAUGCAGAUGACCGCGAAGUCAGCUACAUGCUAAAGGCAUCAUCACAGUAAGCAUAACGAGGCAAUAUCUGGAAAAAUUGUAGAUUGUGCGCAUGAUCCCAUUGCACUUUCUUACAAUAGAUUCUGAACUAUUAUUGCUCUUGGGAUGAACUUACCUAUCUUUAUAAGCUGGCACAGGUAUUGUUCAAUAGGCAUCACGUUUGAUGGAGACUGUCUUCUAAAUGACAGUAUUGAUUGUGAGUUCACUUGCCCCUUGUCAACAUCCUGCGUAGCUCUGUCUUGUGCAACGCUUUAGGGUAAUUUGUUUCCUACCACAAUUCUUUACUUAUUCUUUACUUACUGGUGAUUCUGUCAUAUGGUCUGCUUCAGUGGCUGCUUGUGUAUGGGAAAUGCAGUCUCCAGUCCCUCCCACAGAACUAGAUUGAAUUUGCCCUCCCUACUGCAGACAAAAAGGGAAAGGCAGGCUGAUGUCAAAGGAGGCUUCUUGUUUGUCCUAUGAACUCAUACUGUAGCCGUGAACAAAAUAUUCACGCCUCCACACACACUCCAGUGGUGGAGAAAACACCCAAGGGAAAGAAUAUAUUGAAACACCCAAAGACUGAAUUCUGGCCGAUUGAACUAAUGGCAAAAAUAUUGUUGACCAUAGAAAUCUGCUCCAAAACUGCAUUUGAAUUCUGCCUUCCCUCAACUCUGUCCUCAUUUUGUCCUGUAUGAAUGACAAUUUGUAGAUUAUUAAAUGCAUGGACCCCAGGAAAUACUGCAGUAUGUUUUCAAGUAAUCCUAUAGGAAUAUAAACUGUAACUGCCUAUGUGCUAAGCACAAUAAAUGUUACGUACAUAAAAUAUAUCAUUUUGGAAGGUACAGAAGCUUAGAAACAGAUGGUAAUAACUAUCUUGUUAACUGCCCUGAGAUCUUUUGAUGAAGGAUGGUAUGUAAAUAUAAUUAAUAAUAAUAAUAAUAUCCAUCUUCCCAGUGUGCAGAUGGCAUAUUCAAAUGGGUUCAUCCUUCAUACUGUUACCCCAAAUCCUGCAUGAUGCAAAACUUUGUAUUUCUUUCCAGCACUACUUCUUUGCAAAAUUUCACACCUAGCAGUGCUGGAAGCACUGUUUCUGCUCCAAAUUAAGCAUGUUGCUAACGAUAGAUUAAGAAAAGUUGGCACUCGAAGUGUUCUUUCUAGUCCAACACCCAUUCGAGCAGAGAAUUUAUUCAGUUAACGUGCAUUACUGACAAACUGUUGCAGAUGGAGGACAUGGGAAAUAGGAGAAAAUAUUUCUUCCUUUUGUUGUAAAAACCUUGUCCCCCGCUCCCUUCCUGGUUCCCUGGAGUAAGCGACAAAGACAACCACAACCUCAGCUGCUCCUCUGCUUAAACCCGGAAGUGCCUGGCUUGAGCAGAGAAGCAGCAGCAAAAGCUAUCCAGCCUACACAAUGAUUCCAGUAGACUGAAGAAGUUGCUGGAUGCUUCCCCCCCCACACUUUUUUUGACCCUAAAGCUUCUCUAACUGAGAGAAUGAACAAGGAAGGUGGUGUGACGUUAACAUAUGAGAAUGCUGGAGGUGAAAUAAACAGGUUACCUAAUCAGAACCCAGGGGGGUGGAGUCAGAGGGACUAUAAAACCAGCUCUGGGAGGGGCGAAGGGAGGAGUUCGUUGGGAGUUGGAUGGUUGGUUGGAGUGGGAGUGAAUUGGGAUAGAGUCUGUGGGUAGGUUGAGUUAGUGUAGCUGAGUCAGGAACAGUUAGGGGCUAGGAAGACAAGUAAAUAUCUGAGAGGUGGUUUAGUGAGUGAGAGCAGGUAGCGGAAGUUAUAGGUCUGGAUAGGCACCCCAUAAAUGUAAUUGACCGAUACCAUUUAUGAAACCACACGCUUGUUAAACUGCAAUAAAUAAACAGAAGUUUAUGUUCCAAUUUAACCCUGACUGGACUCAGUAUUGUACCAGGUAGGGCCUGGGUGGUGGCAGCGAGAAAAAAAGUGGUGGCACAGGGAUCAAUAGACAGUGAAACGUCCGUGGACCCUGUGUGAUUGCUACAGAUGGCUUCACCCCUUGAGCUCAAAUUUCAUGACUCCAAAAGAACAUGGAGAACAUAUUCCUUUUCACUUUUGUCCACAAAGCUAUUACUGGAAAAGGUAUUUGGCUCAGGAAACCCUGCAGUCACUGAGACUAGCCAGAGACCUCAAACCUAUCGUUCUUUAAACUGCAAAAAGGGAGACAAAGAAGGGGGUUAAACUGGGCUCUUUCUUCCCAGACCCCUGUUCUUCUCAGGGACAUAAGCAUCCCAGAUCUCCCAUAUCAUAUCCACUUUAACCCUAAGAAAGGGAAUGACUGUUCCAGGUAUUUAUAGAAAAUAAUACAUGAAAAACGAAGGUGAAAAAUGGGAUAGAGGAAUGAGUCUUCUGUCAAGGGAUUCUGAAACAUGGCUGAGCUCUUUCAGUAGAGUUCAUGGAUUUGCCUUGAACUCCUUAUUGUCUUAGCUUGUGCAUGACUUUCUAACCAGUGAGUGGGAGAACAUGAGUCAGGAUGCGUGAAUGAGUGACACUUAACUGACUUAGCUGACAGGAAAGGGAGAGAGAACACAUGGAUUUUACCAUUAAAGUAGGGGCAGGGGCAGUAAGACAGAAAUGCAGGAAUGGCACAGAAUGCAGAAAGUGGAUUUAUUUGUCCUUUAUGUUUGUAAAUUUUUGCAAGUCACUUGUAGACUCCUAUGUGGCAAGUCAGAUUCCACGGACCCUUUCCAAAUUACAUGGAAAACACUGGUUGCCGCUCUCUCUCCUGUUUUAUUCCCAAUGCAGAAGUGAAAUGAAGCGCUGGAUGAUCUUGCUGGCUCCGAAUCGGCGAACCAAGUUUGUUUCCUUUACAUCCAGGCUCAUGGGUAAGGAGGGCAAGGGGGGAAAGGAGGGAAUGAUAGAAAGUUGUCAUCCAGAUGGAUUCUAAGAGCACAUCACUGCACUUGGUUAGGUUCUAGCAUUGUCAGUUCUAGGAUGCAAAGGCAGAUCAGGUCCUAAUUACAGAACAAAAUUCCAUUCUAAGCUUCAUUUUUAAAUUGUGUGCCCUGAAGCAAAUUUUUGUGAAGCUGAGAAGUCAGCUUCGUAUCCCUUUACCGAAAGGUUCAGUAAGAGAUUACCUACCCUAUUCUUGUCUACAGAAUUUUAUGCAACAUCCCUGUUCCAUAUUUAUCGGCUGCUCAGUCAUCUUAGUCCCUCAUCAGUACCAUUCCAUGUUACACCCAAGUGCAAGAAGCUAAUCUGAGAUCCCUUCCCCUCUUGUAUGAGAUUCUAUGCAUUUCUCAAAACCUCUGACUGAGGAUGUAACUGUCCCCAAGAUCAGCCAUUGCACUUGCUGGCCCGUUGGUUGAAUUAUUUGCUGAGAUGACACAGCCUAACGAGCUUACCAUUUUUUCUCUAAGGUGGUUCCUUUCUAGCUACAGUAAUACAGGCAACAGAAAUUAUCAAGGUUAUGCUACAGACUUUUGCUAUUCUAAACCCUUGACCAGAGAGGCAAAAGGCCUGGUCACUUUAUGCUACACACACACACACACACACACACACACACACACACACAUUUUAGUAGCAGACAUCCUCCCAUUUCUCCCUUAUAGUAUUCAUAAAGGGUCCUGCAAACUAGUAAUUUCCCUUUUCCACUUGCAGAUUGCCCUCAAGUACAGUGUGUCCAUCCUUAUGUCGCUCAGCAGCCAGAUGAGCUGUCGCUGGAACUGGCUGAUGUACUUAACAUCCUGGAAAAGACAGACGAUGGUAAGAAGUGUCCAUAUUUGGGUUUUAAUGCAGGCACAAAUGCACAACAAAAUCAUAACAGGGGAACUGUGUAGGAAGCUAAUACCUUGCAGCAUUAAGGACUGAUUGUACAGUAUGUUCCAGCGCUCCUCAGAUGGUGGUAUAUGACCUGUUAAUUGGGUUGUCAGGAAACGAAUGAGGGCCAAUGCAUUUUUUUUUUAUUUUUCAUACUCUCUUUUUCACUCGGAUUGCCAAAGCAUUGCGGUCCCAGUGAAGCAGAAUUCUUAUAAGCCUUUGUAAAUUGCAACAUCUGCUUCACACGGAAAAUAUUAUGUAACCAGCUUCCCCUAAUAUAUUCUGAUAUGAUUGUUGUAUAACUUCCCUUCUUGUACCAGUUUUGAACCUUGCUUGCAUUAACUCAUCGCUCCUUUACUGAGCUGCCACUAUUAUGCUUUCUCCACCCACAAUCAUCCUUUUUCAAAAAAUCUAGGUUGGAUAUUUGGGGAGCGUUUGCAUGAUCAAGAGAGAGGUUGGUUCCCCAGCUCCAUGGGUGAAGAGAUUAUGAACCCCAAGAUUCGAUCUCAAAACUUAAAGGAGUGCUUCCGGGUACACAAGACAGAUGACAGUCAGCGGAGGAAGAUGGGCAGCAGGAAUAGACAAUGAUCACUGCACACAGUUCUGGGCAGUUGUAUUUCAGAAACAAGGAAUGUCAGAUGCUGAGACAAUGGAAGGUGGCACAAAUAUCAUUUUUUUGUCAAGCAAGUCCUCCCUCCUCCAAGCUAAUGAACUUCUUUGCAUACUUGAUGCAUCAUGGAUAAUAUCUCUGAGGACAAACUUGAAAAGAGGUGAGGCUGCCGUGUGCCUGUACAGAACUAGGAGCUGUAAAAUGUAAUUUCCUAUUGUAUUGCAAAGAGUGUAAAUCUCUUAACUCUGCAUGGUAAGGAAACAGUGAAUGCUGAUCAACUGGGGGAAAAAGUACAACAAGGCCCAAGAGGUUAGCAGCCUGAUUCUUUAAUAUUCCAUCAAGUGGCACAAGGUGUAGCAUUUGAUUUUCCAGUGUGCAAUCCAGGUGCACAGGAGCGCACCAUCUUUGAAAGUGUGUACAGUAUCGGUAUCCACACUUCUACACUCAGGAAGUUUCUCCGUAGGAACUGAGUUUGGAGUACCCAGACAGGCACAUCAACAGGUAUCCCUUAUAAAUAAACACAUUGGUGAUUCUUUAAAUGCAUUGGUGAUUCUUUAACAGAGGUAAAAAAAAUUAAAAUUAUAGCAGAGCAGUCUUCUGUGCUACAAAAUAUUCCACAGAAUUAUUUACACUGUACUCUUGGGCUACCCUGUAGGAAACUGCAGAGGAGAAUACUGACGUAGAGAAGCUGCAUGGUUUCAAACAGGAGUGUGAGGCCUCUCCUCCUGCUCAAGGGCAGUAUUGCUUCAUGAGCAACUUCCAGGGGGCCAUACAACAGGGAUGAACAUGGCUAUGGACAAAAGUGGGCAGAGCAAAAGCUGGGAUGAACCUACAUUCCAACUUUACAGAGGUCCCCUACACAUGCUGCUCUCCAUCCAGGCAAGGAAGAGGAAUUAUCGCAGUUGAACAUUUCAAGUCAGGCAAAAGCAGUCAAGGGGGCCAUAGCUGGUGAGAGUCCCAAGGGUACAGAGGUAUUCUACACACCCACACCUAAGCAUGAGGUUCUCCAUCCCUGACCUAAAAUAGGAAAAGACUGGAAAUUCACUGUUUCUCAUAGCCGUGCAAUUCACCACCUGGACCCAUAUCCUAAGUGCAAACUAUAAUAAUUACUAGCACUGCAAUCCUAUAGAUGUCAUUUCAGGAGUAAGACCUAUUGAGUUCAAUGAGCCUUACUCCCAGGUAAGUGCAUAUAGGAUUCCCAUCUGACUGCAUUUAAGUUUUACAACAAAGUUCUUUGAGAGAGCCAAUGGUAGGUAUCGUAAACUAUGUCUAAAUAUUGAGAGGGUGGCUGAGUGGAUAGUACAGACUUAGGCCCUGAACAAAUGCACUGAUGGUAUCCCAUAGUAUUCACUACUCAGCUCUGUUGCACAUACUAAGGAAUUUUUCAUGGGGGGGGGGAGAGAGACAAAACAACAACAAGAAGGAGUGGAGAAUCAGCUCAAGGCAUGCAUGACAUUCUAUAGUCAUGCUAAAUCUGGAGAGCUAAAGAACUCAGCUAGGGCCAGCAAAUUUCUGUGUAAUUUCCCUGGUGUAUAUACAGACUCUGAUAACAGUAUUUCAUAUAAUAUUUCUGUCCAGUUCAGAGAGUUUUGAAUGAAAUGCAUCCUUGUCAAUACAAGUGGAUUAAACUGAUUAUGGACCAAAUGCUCAUUCAAAGAGGAACAGAGGCCACUAGGCAGCAACAACAACAUGCUUGAGGGACAAGAUGGCAUGCUUUUGUACUAAAUGUUGUCUGCAAAAGUUUUACUAAAGCAAUAGGAAGGCCUGUUGCAUAUCAGCUGGGCAUUGAUCCUCAGCUGUACACAUGAACUCUAUGUAUAAUACUUUAAAGCUGGUGUAUAUAAAUGCUUACAAAGCCAGGAAAUAUCUUCUCCUUUGCUGCAAAAGUUACAACUGGCAACAAGAUGCUUCUCUGGAAGGGGGAGAGAAGAUUCACAAUAGAGAACAUUUGACUAAGGACAAUUAUAGAGUCAGCCAUGAGACAGAGAUCGAGAAAUUAAAAGAUUGUAAAGCACUUUGCAUAUUAAAAGUGUUACAUAAAUAAUAA